AUGAUGAUGUUCUCCAGUAAAUACUGGGCAAGAAGGGGCCUGUCUCUGGAUUCCGCUGUGCCCCUGGAACACCCACUACAUGGCAACGUAACUGUAAGUAUCAUGAGCUGCGUCAGUCUAGGAUGAAUAAAUCCGAUGUUUAAGACAUCUUCAGGAUUUCCCAGUAACUUCUUGGAACACAUUCAGGAUUCUUCUUUAAACAGAUUUGCUUGCUCGGGCUACAGCUAUGCUGGGUUGGUUGUCAGUUUUCUGCCCCCUGUCCGCCAAUCCCAUAGCUAGCUCAACCUAUUUACGCACAAGUAAUCAAGAAAGGAUUUUAUGGGAAACAAGCCUUUGCAGGGAGGAGAUGUCUCUCACAUACAUCCUUUGAGUGACUUCAGUUCUGUGCCUAGAUACAGAAUUUAAUCCGCUUUUGUACUGAAAGCUCACUUGCCUCACCUUGGGAUUUGCAAUAUCUGCUUGGUGAUUUUUUAAAAAUAAUUUUUACUUGUGAAGUCUAUUUUUUUCUCUUAUGACAGCCUAAGGCUAUGAUCCUAAGCACAUGUGCUCAGAAGAAAUCACAUUUGAAUUAAUGAGUUUCCUCCAAGUAAAGCUGAUGGAACUAAGGUGUUAGAUUUAUUUUUGAAACCAGUAAUACCUACAGAAAUUCAAAGGGUGUGUGUGAGCUGUCUUGGUUCAGAUGCAUUGAUAUGUCAUGCAUGAUAACUGUUGGCCAUCACCGGUGAUGUCAUUUAAAACCAAAGUAAAUUUCUGAAUGAUUUAGGGCUAUGUGGACAUAGCUUUAAUUCUUUUAUUUAAUAAAAGGAUCUGAUGAAAAUAAUAAAUGUCCCUUAGCUGACAGUAAGGCUUCUGACAAAGGAAUGAGAAGGGAAACUAUUUUCAGCGAUUUCCCCUCUUCAUGGCAGUCUCUGCACAGCCGUAAUCGGCUUGACAGGGUUGGGGCUCCUCUAGCCAAGCAAGACCAUUAGGUACAGCCCAGUGUCUCUGCCAAAGCUGUGCAUUCGAAUGGUAAUCCAUCUUUCCCUGCAAUGAACCUUUCUUUGGGAUUUCUUUUUUUUAAAAGACUGGUGAAUAUUUGAUGGCGACAGCAAAGCAGUCCCCUGCAACAAUGAACAUGCCAAUAAAUGUAGCUAAAAUACACAAAAUGAAGAACAAGCUGUUAAAUGUCUUAAUCUAAGUGAAUUCUGCACAUACAUACCUGUUAUUCGAAAGCAAUUGAAUAUAAGAAAGUCAGUCCUUUCUGUUAUCAAGUGUUUUUUGUUUGUUUGUUUUUGGAGAUACUCACAUUUUGUGAUUCAGAUCUUGGAAAUGCAUAACUUUUUGAUUGUGUCAGUGAUUUGUUAGUAGAUGUACAGUAGUACCUCGGGUUAAGAACGUAAUUCGUUCCGGAGGUCCGUUCUUAACCUGAAACUGUUCUUAACCUGAGGUACCACUUUAGUUAAUGGGGCCUCCCGCUGCCGCCCACGAUUUCUGUUCUCAUCCUGAAGCAGAGUUCUUAAUCCAAGGUAUUAUUUCUGGGGUAGCAGAGUCUGUAACCUGAAGCAUCUGUAACCCGAGGUACCACUGUAUAUCUUUUGUAAAUGGACCUGCAAACAUAUAAUCUAGUUUGACCUUACAUUUGUAGCUUCUGCAGCAGUGGAAGCCAAUGUCGGGAAACUCCCAAAGUAAAUGCUUAUAUGUGUUUCCUGCCAAAGCAGGAAAAAUUUAUUCCUUUGUUAGUUUUGUUUGGUGGCAAUAUCACUGGAUACACUUAAAGAGAGAGACGUACAGUAGGUCAAAUUCCAUCAUUUCAUUCUGUCAGGGAUUCUUCAAAUGUGAUGAAUUUCUAUCUUCCACACAGAACACUUGUGUGCAUGAAAUAAUGAAAAUCAUUCUGGUUUAGCUGCAUAUGCUGCCGGUCCCCCUGAGGAGCCACAAUUUGACACAGCAUCUCAACAUGCCUACAUUAUGUGCACAUGUAGCAAAAUAGGAAAAUCUCUUACUAGUGAAACUGUAUUGUCAUCCUUAAGCCAAUUACAGUAGCCACAGGUUCUUUUAGAUCCCACUUGAAUGGAGAUGAAAUUACGCAAUGCCCGGUCAAGAGUUUAUGAACGGAUCGUUCUAUUUUAGCACAUUACCAUAACACAUGGAGCAGAAAACAGAUAAUAAAAUGAUCUAUAUUUUAUGUAGAUCAUGUGCCAUCCCUCUGGGUUAGACAGGGGACAAGUCUUUUUACCACAGCACCAGAAAAUGAAGCUAGAUCUGGUCUUCAAAGACACCCAACAUUGUUUCUGCUGUUUGGUUUUGCAAUGGUGGAGAGCAGGGAAAUAAAUGCCCAGUGCUCAUACUCCCCCCUUUAAUGAGGGUUCCUCUCUCUGCUUUUAUGCCUCCCUGAUUCUCUCACCUGAUUUCAGUCCUGGCUGGUUCUUAUAGGCUAAACAUCAUUUACAGUCUAAUAUAUACAAAUGUCAACAGCAAUUUCUCCUAGCAGCAGCUUUCACAUGUGGCUUUGAGCAAGGUGUCCUGGUAGGUUUAGGCAUCCUGGUUGCCCCAGACAUGACCUUCAUCACACCUCUUGCAUUUUCUAUAUGUCACACCACACAUAGUCAUCGUUUGUGUAGUAGCUAAAUCAUCUAAGUUGCGGCAAGUUCUCUAAUUCCCAAGGUGUUUCCUGCGGUGGGGUUCCAAGAGAGUGGGCAUUGACCAACUUCACAGCAUGUAGAAUAUCUAACGAUAUAUAGACAGAAAAUUUCCACUCCCAGAGUCCCUCUGAUAUGGCCGUUUUUGCUUAAAUCUAUGUUCUCAGAUUCUAGGGACUUGUUUCAGUCUGAGGGUUUGGGAACUCUAGCAUUGUUACACUGUCAUAUGUAAAAGCAUUUCCCCACACAGUAUCUUACAAUAAAUCACAACCUGUUUAGGAAGUUUGUCAUGGUUGAUGUGGCCCUGAGAACCCUUUGAUUAAGUGUUUUUUCUUGUUUGCUUUCGUCCUUUGAUUAUACUUGCAAUUUUCUAACAAUUAGCAAUUGUAAAGAGUGGCUUUCAGUGUAUUAAGGCUUUUUAUCUACUUCACAUAUUAGUUGUCUCAUACAUUAAUGUGCAUUCAUUGACUUUAAUAGAAACAACCUACUGAGUGCCCUCAAGUUAAAUGAUGCUGAGUAUCCCUAUCAUCUUGCACUAAAGAGUGCUAAUUCAACAUAUCCUCUCUUCACAAUGUGAGAAUAAAUACACAGUGGAAAAUAAAUAGGCACAAAGUAGGGGUGUGUGCUAAGCACAAUAUUCAGCUGGAACACAGAUUUGGUGCUUUGGAAAAUGCCCCUGUCUAAAGCACUUUGGAGACUACCUGAUUUGUCUCAGGGUCAAAAGCUGUAUCUGUUUCAGGAAAAUGAAGCUUUAUUCCCACCCCACUUAUUAUUAUGGGAAAAUAUAUUUAAAAAGUUGUAACUUUUUCCAUUUUGGCAGAAUUAGCUGAAAUCUACAGGCAUGUGGCCCUUUCAGAGGGACUAAAGCCUGCUGAGAUAGACAAAUAGAUCCAGGGGUAUUUGUGUUGGUCAGCUUUAAAAUUUGAUAUAUAUAUAUUUUAAAGCCCUUUAACAGAAUUGGAUGAAAUUUGCCAUAGGACAGGGCAGGAGGAGAUCAGAAGGGGAUGUAUCAAAAACAAGGAGUUGAUCAUGGUAUGUAUGACUGUUCUAGGUGAAGUCACACUGCCCACAAAAUAACAGGUUUGCAGCCUGUAUCUGCAUCCGCUCUUUGGAAGCCAUGAUCAGUGCUUUGUAUCAAUUUACCUGAUAUGUCAGAAGUGGUGCCUUCUGCAAUAACCACAGUUAUACAGGCCCUCAUAACCUCUUAACUGGUAGUGUAAUGUAAUAGGUGGGAUUGUCCUUAAAAGCAGACCGGAAACUACAGUUUGUCCAGAAUGUAGUAACCAGAGUAGUGGAGCAUGUUACACUAUUGUUGUAAAAGCACCUAGAUUAAAGCCUAGUAUUUAAAAGCUUUAAAAUCUCAUAUAGUUUAGACCUGGGCUAUGUGUGAGGGAACUUUUAGAAGACAUCUGAAGGCAGCCCUGUCUAGGGAAGCUUUUAAUGUUUAAUAGACUAUUGUAUUUUAAUAUUUUGUUGAAAGCUGCCCAGAGUGGCUGGGGAAACCCAGCCAGAUGGGCGGGGUAUAAAUAAUAAAUUAUUAUUAUUUAUUAUUAUAACAUCUCCCAUACGUGCCUCUUCGCUCCUUGAAUGAAUCUAGCAUCAUAAUCUUGCAAUCUGGUGGGCAGUGGUUGUGCUUUUAACGCGGGUGGUGCUGUGGUCUAAACUGAGCCUCUUGGGCUUGCCAAUCAGAAGGUCGGCGGUUUGAAUCCCUGUGACGGAGUGAGCUCCCGUUGAUCUGUCCCCUCUCCUGCCAACCUAGCAGUCGAAAGCAUGCCUGUGCAAAUAGAUAAAUAGGUGCCACUGUGGCGGGAAGGUAAACGACGUUUCUGUGUGCUCUGGUUUUUGUCACAGUGUCCUGUUGCACCAGAAGUGGUUUAGUCAUGCUGGCCACAUGACCCAGAAAGCUGUCUGUGGACAAAUACCGGCUCCCUCAGCCUGAAAGCGAGAUGAGUGCUGCAGCCCCAUAGUCGCCUUUGACUGGACUUAACCAUCCAGGGGUUCUCCCCCCCCCCCGCCCUUUUACCUUUAGUUUAUAGUAUAGUGACUAGCAGCUAUGCUAUGCAUUAAAAAGAGCAGCAAGCUCUUGUCGUGAGUGGCAAUUGCAAAAAGGUGAGGCUGAAUUCUCUUGAUCUGCUAAUUAGUGUUCCCCUCAUUUCUAAAAUUUCCUUCCAACAAAUAUUUGACUGUGCUGAAUAUUUCAGCCAUGAAGCUCUGUUAGGCAGGCUUUGAAUAAUUGUAUCACCACGAAUUUCACCAUUUCAGUCUUUAUUGUGUCUCUCUGACUAAUUAAGCAAGGUCCUGAGCUGCCCCGCCAUUGCUUCCAUAUUUAACCUGAAGAGUGCCUUCUAGCUUCCAGCUAUAGGCUGUUAACUCUGAAAACACAUUUAGCAAGUCAUCCAUAUGAUUAAACAAUCACUUCAUUAAACGUUUAGCGUUAAUUGUGUUUUAAUCAAAGCAGGUCCCUCAGGAAGAGUACUCAGUGCUGAGGACUUGACUGUCAACAAUUCUGCAUUAUUUUGACAUCAGUGAGGAAAUGAUUUCCCCGCCCCGCCCCCAAACAGCGAUAUGUUUCUAUGUGGAAUCUCAUUUUAAAGCAAAACUGUUCUUCAUAUAUCUUCCAAGUGUUACUUUUAUGGAAACAUGUCCCAAUCAAACAAGGGAAAUCUGUGAAUAGGUUCAGGUUCCUUUGCUGGGUUAGGUCCUGCACAGAAAAAGGGAUGCUUCAAAAUCCACACAAAGAUUAUUAAACGGUUGGCAAAGAGAAGCACCCGACAGAAGUAAGCACAAGAACAUUAAGAAAGUGUCUGCAAGAUUAGGCAAAUGGCCCAAAUAGCGCAGCAUCUUGUCCUCGCAGUGGCCAACCAAAGGUCUAUGAGAAACCCGAAAACAGGACCUGAGCACAAUAGCAGCACUCUCCCCAUUUGUGAGGAUAAGGUUGUCAAUGGCUACUAACUCUGAUGAUUAUGUUCUGUCUCCACUAUCUGGGUAUCAGGAAUGAGCCAGCUCCAAGUGAAGAUUUUCAGCCAAAUGCAGAAAGCAGCUAGGAACAGGGAGGCUUUGAUGUUAGUCAGACAAGGGAGAGCUGGCAGCUGCAGAAUUUGGUUCUUCCUGACCUUGAUGGGCAAGCUGAUAAGACAGUAGCUGAGAGCAGGCUAGAACACAGCCAAAGCUCGCUGGAAGCUCAAAUGGGCGUGAAUACACAAGGAGACAGUUCGCUGGAAAAGGAAGAGGUUGGUACUAAUCCAAUCUCUCCGAGGAGUCGGCGAAUAGAAGGGCUUCUAGACAGGAAACAAAACAAAAGACACAAGGAGCGUUGAUUCAAUAUAUUCUGUAGAUACAGGAAGGAAUCUUCAGAAGCGUCAUCUUGAGUAAUGGUGCUGGAGGCUUUGUUAGAGGCGUCUGAAGCUAUCUGUUUGUUUUUGCAAUAAAUUCUCCUUUUUAAUUAUCUACACUUACUGUGUUAUCAAGCUGGGAACCUGGACUCCUGACACCGAGGCAGUAUGCUUCUGAAUGCCGGUUGCUGGGAGGGGAGAAUGUUGUUCAGCUCAGGUCCAGUCCUGCUUGCGGGGCUUCCCAAAGGCUUCUGGUUGGCCAUCAUGAAAAAAGAAUGCUGGACUAAAUGGGCCACUGGUCUGAUCCAGCCAGCUCUUAUGUUUGAUUUGAUUCCAGCAACUUGUAUUCAGAGACAUACAGUUUCUGAUGGUGGAGGUAGGACAUUGUGGCUACUAGCAUUUAUAGCCUUAGUCUCCAUAAGGCUACAUUUCUAUUGAAUCUCUGCAAGGAUGGCAAAAGAUAUAUUGAAUAUCUAUGGAAUAAUUUGGUAUUGUUUAACCCUUUUCACCUGCCAUCUCCUCUUCACUUAGAAUCAUUAGUAUUUAAAUAACAAAACUAUCAUAAAUAUGCAAGGCAGGAUUGUUCCAGAGGGAUACUUCUGAGAUGAAGGCAAAACGCAGAUAGCAGGCGUCUCUCAGGGUUCACCAUCCACUGCAAAAAGCCACCUUGCCUCACAAAUCUCAUUAGACCAUUUACCAAUUUUCCAUGCUCUAAAGAGGAAGAUCUUUCCAAACUCCAAAGCCAUAACUAAAGCACAACUAUUUUUUAUAUUUAGAAAAUCAUAGCUAGUCUUUCAUUUGGCUUAUCCAAAAUGGUGCCACUUUCCUUUUUGACAAAAAGGGCUGUAAAGUAACCUCUAACCUUCACCCAAAGCCCCCACCCCCAAAAAACCCCCCACAGAUGUGGAAAUGCUUCAAUGGGAGAACAAGAUAUAAAAGUGCAAUUUUCAUUUCCAUCCAAUAAUAGGUAAUCAAGCAAAGGUGUAAUCAUGAAAUUUUGUAAUGUUCUAUGUGUGACUCACAUUUGAGUUUAUAAUGCAGAACUCAGGAACCAUAGUUGUUCUGCAAAGCUUGAGAAGUUCGAUUUCUCAUUGGAAGAUCCAAGCCGGAGUUUUAUUAAAGAAUUAUAAUAACCAAAGUUGUAGCGGUAGGAUAACAUGCUCCAUGAUGCUAUUUCAUUGAUCUUUUCUGAAAGAGUAAUCAUUCAUGUCAGCUUGUAACCUACAAUUCUUCUCCUGAGCACACCUUACAAAAGGGAAAAGAACCUCUCUUGUAGGAGAUAUCUUAAUACUAAAAUCAAGCAAGAAUAGUCUGCUUGAAAGGAAAGCUUAACGUUUUCUGAGGAGUGCACAGAAACCCUUCUAUUUUGCAAUGUAUUUUCUUUCAGCUAAACAGAACCAGUUCUGGUAAAAACGAUGAUAAAAAGGACAAUAAAGGUGCAAGCAAGAAUGAAUCAACAUCAGAAGGUGGAAAGACCGCUGUGGUGUUUUCUUUGAAAAAUGAAGUUGGUGGCCUGGUGAAAGCUCUCAGACUUUUCCAGGUAAAAAAACAAAACCAUAUUUUUAAAACAGGUGAUUGGAAAAAUCUAUUGUGUGGAUCUAUUAUAUGUUUACUUCAGGCCCAGCCUUCCCAUGAGGCAAGGUGAGGCAACCGCCUUGGGUAGCAGGAUCCACAGUGGUAGCAGACCCAGCCUCCAAGGAAUGUAUUGUUUGUGCUGCCGCUGUGGUGGCAUCGAUGGCUGUGGCACACUCCUUGGAGGCCAAGUGUGCUGCCUCUAUGGCAAGCCCCCUCAUGCCACACCUAUUGGUGAAUAGGAUGCGCUGUUGGUGUCUUCCCCAUAUAGAACUUCACUCCCCGCUUCUUCCCUGGUGCCCCCUGCUAUUUUGUGGCUUGCCUAACAUGCCAAAAUGUAUCGGACUGGCCCUGGGUUAUUUAAAUCCCAAGACACUUUGUGUAUUGAUAGCUGUUAAUUUGAAGCUUGAGCCAGACAAGAAGAAGAAACUGAAAGAUCAUGGUCUCAGCUUGAGGGUCCUCCUGGACCCAGUGCUAUCCUGGGGCCAGUAGCUAAAUAUGCCAUUUGCUGACUUCACCUAGUGCACUGGCUGCAGCCUUUCUCAGAGAAACACAGACCUGGUUUCAGCCCUUUCAUGCCGAAGUUAUAUCCCAAUUAGACUACUAUAUGUGAAGAUACCUCUGGAGUUUCCAGACUGUCUCCAAUUGGAAUUUUACAGGGCCUAUUGAUUGGAUCACACUCCUCCCUUCACUGGCUACCAAUUUGUUGCUGGUCUGAAAGCUCUAAAGCCAGGGGCCAGCAAACUUUUUCAGCAGGGGGCUGGUCCACUGUCCCUCAGACCUUGUGGGGGUCAAGAUUAUAUAUAUUUUUUUGGGGGGGGGAUGAACAAAUUCCUAUGCCCCACAAAUAACCCAGAGAUGCAUUUUACAUAAAAGCACACAUUCUACUCAUGUAAAAACAUGUUGAUUCCCGGACCAUCCGUGGGCUGGAUUUAGAAGGUGCUUGGGCCGGAUCCGGCCCCUGGGCCUUAGUUUGCCUACCAAUACUCUAAACAGCCUGAGAACAGAAUACUUUAAGAACUUCCCCCUUCCGCAGGAAUCUACUGGAUUGUGAGGUUGACAUUUGAGGCCUUGCUCUUUCCCUCUGAUAUUUGGUCAGCAGAUACAAGGGUGGGCGGACUCUGUAGAUUAUCACAGGUGUCAACAUCCUCCUGCUGUCAAUCCACCUAGCUCCACCAUUGCCCUGAACCCCCAGCCUAUCUGGCAGCAGGUCAGUAUGUCAAGUCCAAAGUCUGGGGGUCAAGCCACACGAGCAAAGUCCAAAGGUCAGGAAACACAGUCCAGGGUCAAUCCAAGUAGCCAAGUCUGAAGUCCAGCAGUCAGAAUACAGUCCAGAGUCAAACCCAGACACAGUCCCAAGCCAAAGUCCAUCAACAUGGGCAGUAGAGCAGACACAGCACCUUAGCUCUGCUGCCCUUUCAUACUUUGCAUGCUGAUUGCAGCACCUGUGCUUGAUGAGACAUGUGACCCUCACCUGUUCCAAGCCUACUCCAGCUGAAGAACCACACGCCUACUCCCAGAGCUAGCAAGCUCCACCUGGCCAGCUAGGGAGCUGGGCUGUGGGCUCUUGCCUGGCUCAGCCUUCAAUAGCAUCCCUUUUGCUACUCCCUCUGCCUCUUGUGAUGGGUCCUGCUGCUCUGGUUCCUGUGCAUUGAACUGCAUUCCUUCACCAUCCUCCAGCAGCCUGUGAGUACUUCCUUCGCCAUCCCCUGCUUUCCAUGGUGUGUCCCAGUCUUGGCUACACCCCAUGACGGGAUCCUCUUCCUCCUCCCCAUUGCCCUGCCAGUUCAUGACAAUCAUUAGUAACUUUUUCACAUGGCACUUGAAGUGAAUAUGUGAAAAAGCAAGUACUUUGUUGCAGAACAGAAUAUUGUUUCCAUGCUCUUGAUGUGGCUGUUUUUUUGUAAUAUGUUUAUGAAUGCUAUUUGGCAUGUUAUCUUGAUUAUUGCUGAUAGCAAAUUGAGGUAACAUUGUUCAGUUAGACUAAAGUAGAUUGCAAUAAAUACUUUUCUUGUAUCUUCACACUAAUUCAUUUCUUGCCCAUUAAUUUAACUUGUCUAUAAAUUGGGCAUUGAAUAGUAUAAUUUUUUUUACAGUGAACACCUGUUUUAUAAGAAACGGCCAUGGUAAAUCACUUUUAAUUAUCCUACAAUAGUUACAGUUUUCAGAUAUCUAAUAAAAUGGAGCAAUUAAUACAGGCGUAAUUUUACAGCACACUUAUUGAACUAAAAAUAACAAAUAAGUAAUUUAAUACAGAUGAAGGAUUUUCUUAACUCAAAUGCCUUUAUAUGCACAUUAAACUACAUCCUGUUCAGAACACCCAUUAAACCACUUCUCUUCUAAAUGAAUUCAGUGAGUAAAUGAACCAAUCUUUUGUUCUGUCUACAGGAGAAGCAUGUGAGUAUGGUUCAUAUUGAAUCAAGAAAAUCCAAGAGAAGGAGUUCAGAGGUAGAAAUUUUUGUGGACUGUGACUGUAGCAAGAAAGAAUUCAAUGAGCUCAUUCAGUUGUUAAAGUAUGAAACGAACAUUGUUACUCUGAAUCCACCGGAAAACAUCUGGACCGAUGAGGAAGGCAAGGCUAUUGUUUUCUCUUUCAAAAUUUAUCUUGAAAUUAGCAAAGCUUUGUGAAGAAGCAGUGAGAAUCUGAUGCCUCCAAUCACUCUGUAUUUCCUCCAGAGCUUGACUGUGUUCCUUGGUUCCCCAGGAAGAUUGCUGAAUUAGACAAAUGUUCCCAAAGAGUUCUAAUGUACGGCUCUGAACUGGAUGCAGAUCACCCUGUAAGUGUUCAGUAAAUACAGCCAAGGUUGGUCAAGUAAACAUUUGUGACAAUUUGAUGAUAAAGAACUGAACUUUCUUCUUCUUCAAGUAAUUAGAACUAUUGCUAUAAUUAACAAAUUAUUAUUAAAUAUUAUUAUUCAAAAGAACUUAAGUAGCUUAAUUUAUAUUCUUUCUUUCCACCAAAUGGUACCCAAGGCUGUUCCAUAACUAUAAUUGGAAGAAAAUACAAAAUAACAAUGGAACAAAACAUUAUAGUGUUGUUAUACAGUGCAUUAUGCAGCCCAUGUUGUUUUUUACUUACUCCUGUCGUAGAAAUGAUAAAUUGCUUAGGAUGAAAUACAAUGUCUUGUUGGCAAAGCCAAGCCAUGUGAUGUACAAUAUAAUAGGCAGUGGUAUUUUCCUAGAACUGGAUGCAAUUUUUUAUUAAGUAUGCUUGAUCCCUUCAGCUCAUUUCAUAACCAUGAUGCUAAUUCCAACAACCUUCACUGAAUGCAAGAGGGAGGUGGGUUUCUUUAGAAAUCCAGGGAUCUUUCGUGACAACGUAUGAUAUGGAAGAUAUUUCAGGAGUUUCUUUGAACCGGUGCCUUUGCAAUGACAGUUUGUUGCAUGGGCCAAUGUCGUAAAAUUUGUUGUAGGCUAUCUAAUUCAAUUCUCUGCUUGAUACUGGAAAUCUAGAGCUGUCAAGCUUCUGCUUGGAGUUCUCCAGCAAUAAGAAGUCCACCAGCAAAUGGUACUGUUGAUGAACUGCUUUUAGAAGGAACAUAGGGAAUGAUCUUUUACUGCAGGGAUGGAGAUUCUAUGACCUUCCAGAUGCUGUUGGACUGAAACUCCAAUCAGCCUCCCAUCAGCAUGGCCAAUAGCCAGGGAUAAUGGGAGCUGCAUUCCAGCAACAUCUGGAGAACUACAUGUUCCUCAUCUGUGGUCUAUGCCAACUGACAGUGGCUCUCUAGAGAGGGAUUUAGCCCGGAGUCAUUCCCAAACCUGCCUGGAGAUGCCAGAAAUUGACCCUGGGCAUUUGCUCUGCCAUUCUUUCCCUGUUCAUAUUCUUACAAAGCUGCUUCUAAUGUUCAGCUGAAAUCUACCAUCCUCUACCUCAAGUUCCUUAGAUCUAGCAGGAAACAAGCUAUUGCCCUUUUCUGCUCCGUGAGGACUGAUUCACCACUCUGAUUUGUCCUGCCACCUGACGUGCUUCGAUAUGACAGGCUGAUCCCAAAAAUAUUCAGCUAAUGCAUUUCAGAUUAAGGUGCAAAUCCACUCAGGUCGUUUUCAUGGUCUACAACUUCUGCUUAAAAGAGAUGCUUUAGAAGACUUGGGAUGGACCUCUUCUGCCUGCUCCCCACCCCUGCCAGCUAUUAUGCUGUAUUUUCAGUAUGACAGAGCUACACAAGGCAUUACAAAAUAAAUAAAUAAAAAUGACAAACUAUCCCAUUGCUUUCUUCCCCUCUUUUUUACCUUUUAGAUUACUCCCCCCCUUUUAAAUGGUGCAUAUAAGUGUCGCUCUCCAAAAUCACCCGAGUACUUAAAGUCAUGCCCACUGCUAUUUCACUUAAAGAAUAUAGAUAUUAAAUGAGCAUUCCUAGCGGUGUGGGAGGGGAAAGAAGAAGGCAAUUGAAAAGCUGCUCACACUCUGGGAGAUAAUUAUGAGGUAGAAAUCAUAGCAUCCUUUAGGCUCAGCAGGAAUGCAGCCUCCAUGCAGGUUUCUUGUGUUUCAUCCCUGUUUUUAAUACGGCAGCACUGUUUCAGCUCAUAUUUCACACACACUGCAAGGCCCACGUACUGCCAAAAGCCACGACUCCAAAGCUGGGGGAAAUUAACCUCUUGCCUUGCCUUUUCUCUCUCUCUCUUCAGGAAGGGAAGUCUGCUCCACUUAACUGUGGGGAGGAGUUGCGGUGGGCCACAUGGCCACCCACUCUCCUCUGGGGGCGGGGGACAAAGUCCCGCUUUGCCCGGAAGAUCCUGGCCUCAUCAUCAACCAGCCAGCCAAUCCACUGGCUGGGGGUGUGUGGCUGGGACCCAUUUAAGUGGAGGCGCGAGCCGGGGCGCUCUUUCUGCUCUCAGCUGGCAAGGCUAUCUGCCGGACUUCAAUCACCACAUCAUAGGGUGCGCCUCCCAAAAUCAGUAAAAGGAGAUCUCCAGGUUUGGCUUCUGUUCCACAGAUUUUCAGGUGCAAUCAGACGAAGCUUGGGCUUUGGUGUAUUCUUCAGGGGCCGCUGGUGUGCACAGCAAUGGCCUGCUAGCUGGUGCGGUAAGGCCAUUACCCGUGAUUUGAACUUCUUGGAAUUUUUCCCAAUAUUAGUAGCUUUUCACCUUUGGACUGAGGAAUUCAGGGAUCACCGCAUCUGCUUUUGGACCGACAAGUAGCCUGCAGUCAAUGUUUUUGCCAGGCAAUCACCACGCUCAGAAAGGGUGUCCACUUUGCUUCGAUCAUUUGUCUGGCGGUGACUCCAAUUUAACGUUAUAUUUUCAGCAAAACUCAUUCCUGGAGUUAAUAAUGACGUUGCGGAUGCACUAUCUCGAUUUCAGAUGGACCACUUCCGGUUGUUAGCCCCAGAGGCACAGCAGUUCCAGAACCAUUCCUCGAGCAUCUCUGGAGCCUUGGAAACGAGAUGUGAUGCAGGGAGUAUUGGCUUCAGUUGCAUCUUCUACACUUAGGUCCUAUACAAGAGCUUGGUCCAAUUUCUUAGCCUAUCGUGUGCAGUCAUCAGGUAUUAGGCAUCACACGCCCCCCAACAAUUGACUAUGUGCUGCAAUACUUGGUUCAUCUGUGCAACCUUGGUUGUGCAGCAAAAACCUUAAGAAUCCAGGCGGCUGCCAUCUCCUUUUUUACAAAAUCCAUUUACUUCACGGACCCAUGUGCUGAGUUUGUGGUGCACAGGGCGCUUGAAGGUUGGCGUAGAUUGCAACCACCAAGCGGGGAUGGGCGUAGGCUCGUUACAUUUUAUCUCCUUAGUAGAAUAUGCAAUAAAUUAAAUUCAAUUUGCCGGUCCAAAUACGAGUCCUGAUUGUUUUCAGCUGCCUAUUCCAUUGCAUUUUUUGGCACCCUAAGAGUGGGGGAAGUGGUCCAUGAAGGUGAGCCAGGUCCUUCAUCAUGAGGUUUGCAGCUAGACGAUAUUCAGCUUUCUGACACAGAGUUGGUAGUUUGUAUUCGUCGCUUGAAAACAGACCAAAAAGGAAAGGGUGCCCUUGUGUGGCUGCCAGCGACCAUGAAAAGGGGCCCUUGCCCAGUGAAGGAUGCUAAAAGGUUUCUCUGUCUUAGGCCCCCUGGUCCAGGUCCUUUCCUCGUACAUGAGGAUGGGACCUGUCUAGAUAGACAGCAGUUUACUCGUGUAAUACAGAGAGUUAUCGAAGCGUGUGGUCUUCUGGCUAGGGAAUAUGCCACUCACACAUUUAGGAUUGGGGCUGCUACAAUUGGGGUUUGCCAGUGGACAAGAUAAAAGACAUGGGGCAGUGGCGAUCCAAUGCGUACAAAGGUUAUAUCUGUGGCAGCUCCUUAUUUUCAGCAGGGCUAUGGCUUACACUGCUCUGUCACUUUGUGUUUCAAGGGCAAAAUGUGUUGAGAUCUGGAUCGUGGGACACAGUAUCGUCCAUUGGGCCUGUGCAUGGGCGGUUGCCAGAGGCCUGGGGUGCGAGCUGGGUUUUCCUGAGCACAUCUGUAUUUCUUGGAUAUUGAGGUGUGGGAUGCAAUGGAAGGAGAUGCUGCCAAUUGUGAGGACCAAGGCUGAUGCGCAGAGCUCUCCCAAUGCUUUGGUUUUGCAGCUGGGAGAAAACGAUAUGCCGAGUCGGAAAGGCGUGGACUUGCUCUCAAAUAUCAAAAAGGACUUGGACUAUAUGGCUCUGAACUUCCCACAAAUGACACAGCUUCUGGAGAGACAGUCUGGUGUGGCAGUGAUUGCCCAGCUGCAAUAGAUCAUACCUGAAAACAUUUAAAUCGUUCAGUGGCACAGAAGGUGCACAUGCUGGGUGGCCAGGUGAUUGCACACCCCACCAUUGUUUACAGCAAGAUGGCCCUAUUUUGAGAUGAUGGCGAACACCUUUCCGAUUGGGGAAAUGAUAUCUGGUUGGCUGAUAUUUCAGAGGGCGUGAAGGAUUGCUUGCAGGUGUGAGGGUAUUUGGCGGCGGGCCUUUGGGCUCUUGUGGUGGUUAGGCAUUGGGUGACCUUAUGAUGGGGAGGGGAAGUGUAGCCAUCACCUGCUCCUCCAAGCUUAAGGGUAUUCCGUUAAAGGAAUCUGGGGGUGUGGAUCUUGUCUGAGGCCCGGGGCGGGGCUAGGGCCAUGCCACGACCCCUGCGGGAGCCCUGGGGGAACUCGAGUUGGUUUGCAUCAACGGGGCUGUCCCUUCUGGUGGUUUACCCUUAUCGGACUCCCUGCGCAACGGGCAGGAGUCAGAUGUAGUCAGGUCUAUUCAAUGCCUAAGCCAAUACCGCUCACAUUCCGUAACCAAUAAAGUUGUGGCCAAUAUUUGCCCAAUAACAUUAACCAAAUGAUGGUCCCAUCACCUCCUGGCAAAUAGAAGGGGAAGAAAUGGAGGCAGUGAGAGAUUUUACCUUCUUGGGCUCCAUGAUCACUGCAGAUGGUGACAGCACCCACGAAAUUAAAAGUCGCCUGCUUCUUGGGAGAAAAGCAAUGACAAACCUAGACAGCAUCUUAAAAAGUAGAGACAUCACCUUGCCAACAAAGGUCCGUACAGUAAAAGCUAUGGUUUUCCCAGUAGUGAUGUAUGGAAGUGAGAGCUGGACCAUAAAGAAGGCUGAUCGCCGAAGAAUUGAUGCUUUUGAAUUAUGGUGCUGGAGGAGACUCUUGAGAGUCCCAUGUACUGCAAGAAGAUCAAACGUAUCCAUUCUUAAGGAAAUCAGCCCUGAGUGCUCACUGGAAGGACAGAUCGUGAAGCUGAGGUUCCAAUACUUUGGCCACCUCAUGAGAAGAGAAGACUCCCUGGAAAAGACCCUGAUGUUGGGAAAGAUGGAGGGCACAAGGAGAAGGGGACAACAGAGGACUAGAUGGUCGGAUAGUGUUCUCGAAGCUACCAGCAUGAGUCCGACCAAACUACAGGAGGCAGUGGAAGACAGGAAUGCCUGGCAUGCUCUGGUCCGUGGGGUCACGAAGAGUCGGACACGACUAAAUGACUAAACAACAACAUUAACCAAAUAUUCUGUGUCCUGGUGUUUUAUUCAUCUUCAAGAGGGUGGUUACGGGGUCUCGACACGCAACUUGGGAAAACUGAAGCCGUUCUGGUAAUUCAGUGUGUAUUGAAUUAAAAGAAAGAAAGAAAAUGCCAUAGAUUUUGUUCUGUGACUGGCAAAGGUAUCCCAACUCUUCAUGAUUUAGAGCAUCAUUACCAAAAUCAGCACCAGGCCUAAUGGAAACUUGGAGUACUCAGAAAUUGACUUGCUUUUUACAAGCCUAGUGCAAACUCCUUCCACUUUGAUUUUUUUGUAGCCCUCCAGAUGCUGUUGCACUACGACUCCCAUCAGCCACAGCCAGCACUGCCAGUAGUUAGGGAUGGUGGGAGUUAGAGUCCAACAACAUCUGGAGGGCUCUCUAUCUCUGCACUAGCAGAUCAGUUACUCUUGUGUGGUGGCGAGGUGCUGGAAGGUUGGAGCUGGGUGGGCCGUAUGGCCUGCCCUGCCCUGCCCUUCGAAGCUAGCUUCCUGCCUUCAAAUACAGUGGGGUACUGUGCCGAUGAUGAUAAUAUUGAAGUAAUAUUCAACUACUAGUAUAGUUGUACCUUGGAAGCUGAAUGUCUUGGCUCCCAAACAAAUUGGCUCCCCAACAAUCGAAACCUAGAAGUGAGUGUUCUGGUUUUCAAACAAUUUUCAGAAGCCGAAUGUCCGGCACAGCUUCCGUGGCUUCCAACUGGAGCUUCCUGCAGCCUAUUGGAAGCCACACUUUGGUUUUCAAAUGGUUCCGGGAGUCGAACAGCCUCCCAAAAUGCAUUCUGUUCGAGAACCAAGGUACAACUGUACAGUCAGAUUCUGUCCUAGAGUGCUCAGGUGUAAAUGAGGAUUGGGGAGGCCCGUGCAGAGAGGGAGGGCAGCCGGCUACACUUGCUCGGGCCUCAGAGGGCUAAGCCAGCCAGAGGCCCCCCACCAUGUACUGACCACUUUCUCCUCCUCCUCCUCCUCUUCCUCCUCCUCCUCCUCCUCCUCCUCCUUCUCCUUCUUCAUUGUCUUCUUCAUCUUCUAGUUUAUAACUUUAUUCUAACAAGACUCCCCACCUCAGACAAGCUUUGCAUGGGCCUGGAAAUGGGGUCCUGCUCCUGCAAGAGGUAUCUUAACAGAUUAUAGCUAAGGGACCCCCUUUCACCUUUUGCAUGUGACCAUCCUAUUUUGUAUGUGGAGGGUGGGGACUACAUUGUCCUUCACCUCAAGCUUCAGCUUGCCUUGGGCUGGCCCUGAGCAGGAAAUCCCUGCUGUUACACCAAGCCAGUUUGGGCACUGAUACACCAAUUUAGAUCCGAGACAAUCUUGAACUGACCCGAGCCCUGGAUCUGGAUUGUGAUCCGGUAAAAGCAAAUCUGCAGAAAUCCCACUGACUUGCAUUGGGAAGCUAUAGCUGCUGCUGCUGCUGCUGCUGCUGCUGCUUCUUCUUCUUCUUCUUCUUCUUCUUCUUCUUCUUCUUCUUCUUCUUCUUCUCCUUUUGUAUUUUUACAAAGGUGCAUGAAAUUUGGACACAUGUUAGCUCCUUAAGAGGGGAUUGCCAAAGAGCCACAGGUUUUCAUGGUAGCCACCUCUAAAACUUGCUUUUAAAAAAAGGAAUUAAAUACUGUACUACAUGGGUAUAUGGAAUGUUACAUUGUAUGUGUGCUGCUUGUGCACUGACUAUGAACAAUACACUCAUAAGGCGCUCUCUCUCUCUCUCUCUCUCUCUCUCUCUCACACACACACACACACACACACACAGAGAGAGAGCAAAGUACUAAUAAAGGCAGACACAUAAUCCAUACCUAUCCUGUUGUUGACUAGGAAAUACAGUAUAGUGCUGCAUUUUUAUGUUUUCCCUGCUCCAAACUAGCUUUGAUCGGAAAUAAGAAAAAGAACAAUAUAACUGCAUUUUAAGCUGGUGAUGUGUGCAUAGUCUUAGUCAAGUUUUGUUGUAGUAAAGGGCUGUUCUUGUACAUCUUGUUAUGAGUUUGUGGAUGCAAGACACCAAUAAUUCCUGCAUUUACUAAGUGUUAGAAGUUAAUCAGUGCUUGGAAUAUCAAGAUGGGCUGCCAGACACUGAAUUUAGUAGUGUCAAAAUACAGGCCAAAUCAGUUUUUUUCAUGCUCAGGAAAUCACCUAAUGAAGAGCCAUCAUGGAGAGCAAAAGAAAGGUGAUUUAACAAAGCAAGUUUUAUAUAUGUGUACAUAAACCAUAUAUCAUAAAGACACCACAGUCUCUGCUGUGCCUCAUUUCCAAAGGAAACGUGAACCCCUGGAAUCUCUUGCCACUUAGAGAUUGGAGUGGCAUGUAACAAUAUCAUUACGUUUGCUAAUUGUUCCACAGAUGGCAUGAAUUACAAUAUUAAUAAGCGUUAUUUUAGAAACCACUUUGAUUAUUGAUUUUUUUCUUCUGUUGUUAAUUCUCUUUGGUACGCAUUCAUUUUCUUUUAUCUGCUUUAGGGAUUUAAGGACAAUGUGUAUCGGCAGAGAAGGAAAUAUUUUGUCGACGUUGCCAUGAAUUAUAAAUAGUGAGUACAGAACUUUGUUUGUGGUUGUGGAAUUGCUACUGAUUCAGAAAAAAAAAGACACCAUCUGCUUGGGUGAUAAUCAAGCAGCAGCCAUGAGAACUGGCCCAUUUACACAACUGAAUUGGUAGGGUGAGCUUCUAAACUGGGCUUAUUUGGAGUUGAGCUGUGGAACGUAGGAAGUUGACUUUUACCAAAUCAAGCCAUUGUCCACUUGAAUGCAAAGGCUGAGCUCUACCACUGAACUACAGCCUUCUCCUUGACACUUCUGGUCAUCACUUUAUUUAUUGAUUUGUUCAUAUCAGAAAUGGAGAACCUCUCUGUCUGUCUGGCUCUCUCUACUCGCUAUACUCUUCCUAAGCCACACUCCUGCUUUGAACCUUCCUUGAGAAUUUUCCAAGUGAAUUUUUAUUGUUUUCCUUACAUAUUCUUUUCCAACAAAUUGUAAUAGCACCAAACAUUCCCCUUGACUCUGCCGAGUCACGACCCCCCUCCCUCCCCACAACUGGUAUAUUUAUCCUCUUUCCAUCACACACAUCAUUCUCAUAUUAGUACUAUUAUACAUUGAAGGUAUUAUGUCAAUCCUGCUAGUGUCUUGACCUCUUUACAAUUCUUCUUUAAAUAUUCAAUAAAUUUACUCCAGUUAUUUUGGUAUCUUUGAUCUCCCUGGUCCCGGAUCCUCCCUGACAGUUUGGCAAGUUCUGCAUAUUCUGUCAGCUUCGCCUGCCACUCCUGUAUAGUUGGUAUAUCUUGUACUUUCCGUCUUUGGGCCAGAAGGGUCCUCGUGGCAGCUGUAGCAUACAUGAACAAAUUUUGAUCUUCUAUUUUAAUUUCUGUUCCUAUUAAGCCUAAUAGACACGCUUCCGGUCUUUUGGGGAAAGUAUAUCUAAAUAUUUUUUUGAGUUCAUUAUAAAUUGAUUCCCAAAUUUUUUUUUACCUUAUCGCAGGUCCACCACAUAUGGAAAUAGUCCCCAUCUGCCUUUUUGCAUUUCCAACACUUUCUUUCUUUUUUCCUAUACAUUUUAGCUAAUUUUACUGGCGUCAAAUGCCAUCUAUACAUCAUUUUUAGCAAGCUUUCCUUUAAAGCCAUGCAUCCUGUAAAUCUCAAACCCUCCUUCCAUAAUCUUUUCCACGCAUCCAAUUCAAUGUUAUGCCCAAUAUCAAUUGCCCAUUUUAUCAUUGAUUCCUUUACUUCUUCGUCUUUUGUAUACCAUUCUAGCAAUAAACUAUACAUUCUUGAUAAAAUUUUAUCUUUACAGUCUAUUAACUCGAUUUGGAAUUUCAAUUUUUUAUCUUUGAACCCAUUUCUCUUUUUGUCUUCCUUUAAUAAGUCACUGAUCUGAUGGUAUUGCAGCCACCCUGUUAACAUCUUUUCAAUUUGGUCAUAUGGUUUGAGCUUUAUCCCUUGGACUGUUUUCCUAGUAAUAUCCUCAUAUGUUACUCUUUCCCCUUCCAUGUUUACUUUUUUUGUUGUCAGCACCUCAAUUGGUGAUAUCCACCACGGUGUCUUUCUUUCCAGGAGGUUUUUAUUCCGAUCCCAUACUUCAUAUAAAUAUUUCCUAAUCACAUGGUUUAGAAAACCUUUAUGUACCUUUACUUUGUUGUACCAUAGGUACAAAUGCCAACCAUAUCUAUUACCUUCCUUGAGAAUUUUCGCCUAGUUGGCAUGUGUCCUUGAACUCUCAUAAUGCUUCUUGCUUACCUGGUUGAGAGAGAUGUGCAAGGGCCAGGGGAAGGGGAAGAACAGUGACCUUCCUGCUCACCCCCCUUCAUGCAGUGUGUGUCUCAGCUCACAUAAUGGGCUAUGUAAAGGUCAAGUUAACAGAAAGUUAACACCAGGAAUUAAAUGACUGGCAUUUUUGUUUCUUUGUUUCAUAAGAAAAAAAGAUGUUACGGAUCCUAGUGUGAACAAGGGGAUACCAAAAGUUGUAAAACAAGCAAAAUACUUUAUGGUAUGACUAAGAAGUUAAAAACUAGUAUGCAGCUUGCUUUCUCAAAAAAUCAAUUUAAAUCUUGUAACCUGACAGCACCAAUUUAAAAACGCAGGUUUAGAAACAGCGCAAGAGCACCUUGCAAUGCAACUGUAGACGAGCAUUUGGAGAGAGUGAUUUGGAGAGAGUGAUGCUGAGAACAAUAUGCAUAAGCUUCUUGUUGGAGCCAAUGAGAUUAAGUCCUUAACUGGAUAAAAUAUUUACUGCAUAGUUGACUUUCUUUUGCAAAUGUACAAAAGUGCUUGAUAAAUACGCAAGAAAGCUUUCUGAACAGUGGGUUCAAAGGGCAACUUUUCAGAGACAGCGCAAAUGCACAGCACCUGGAAAUCAUACUUUAGAACAGGACAGCCUUUGUCCCCCCCCCUGCCCCCCAGGAUUAAACUAAUGUAAAAAAAUGCAUCAAACAUAAGGGUUGUUGUUGUUGUUGUUUAGUCGUUUAGUCGUGUCCGACUCUUCGUGACCCCAUGGAUCAGAGCACACCAGGCACUUCUGUCUUCCACUGCCUCCCGCAGUUUGGUCAAACUCAUGCUGGUAGCUUCGAGAACACUAUCCAGCCAUGGGACUUUCCUUUCGCUUCCAGGCAUAUCUGCAACUGAGCGUCCUUUCGGCUUUGGCCCAGCCGCUUCAUCAGCUCUGAAUCUACUUGUACUUGUCCUCUGCUCUUCCUCAGUAGCAUGUUGGACACCUUCCAACCUGAGGGGCUCAUCUUCCAGCGUCAUAACUUUUAUAUGCCUGUUGUCUUUGUCCAUGCAGUUUUCUUGGCAGGGAUACUGGAGUGGCUUGCCGGUUCCUCCUCCAGGUGGAUCACGUUUGGUCAAAAUUCUCCACUAUGACCUGUCCAUCUUGGGUGCCCUGCUUGGCAUAAUUCAUAGCUUCUCUGAGUUAUUCAAGCCCCUUCACCACGGCAAGGCAGUGAUCCAUGAAGGAGAACAUAACGGUAGCUGUCGUGAAAAACCCACCCUGAAUGUGGGAAAGUACUGAGUGAGCAGGCCUUAUUCACUGAAUUUUUCAGAGGCUUCUAUUCCUAAAUUGCUCCUGUUCUCAAACAAGAUGUCAUUCUUAAAAUGGUCAAUCUCAUUGUCUGCCAUGUCACAAAUUAAAAGGACAAUCAAAAGAAAUAAAUUCAGAGGGCUAGGAGGGCGAAACCCAGCUGGGAGGGCACCAUUUGCCCCACCCUCACUGUGGGACUCUCAGAAGCGCUGCUAUCAUGCCUUGUCACCUCAGCUGCUAGCUUGGCACACCAAUCACAUUAAAUGGUUUAUGGCAUGGGUAGGCAAACUAAGGCCUGGGGGCGGGAUCUGGCCCAAUCGCCUUCUAAAUCCGGCCCGUUGACAGUCCAGGGAUCAGUGUGUUUUUACAUGAGUAGAAUGUGUCCUUUUAUUUAAAAUCCAUCUCUGGGUUAUUUGUGGGGCAUAGGAAUUCACUCAUUCCCCCCCUUCAAAAUACAGUCUGCCCCCCCCAUAAGGUGUGAGGGACAGUGGACCGGCCCCCUGCUGAAAAAGUUUGCUGACCCCUGGUUUAUGGCUUCCGCCACCACAUGAAAGGUCAUGUACUUUCCUUACCAAGAGCAAGCCUGCUCCUCUCUCCUUCUCUCCCCUCCCCACUUUCUCUUUGAGUCAGGCUAACUCAGUUCACAGAAUUGUCUGUGUGUGUGUGGGGGGGGGGGGGGUUUCCACACAAGGAUUUUUUUCCAGCCAGAACUCACCAGAACUGAGUUCCAGCACCUCCCAGGUGGAUGCCAUUGCCAUUAUAAAAGAACAAGGGAGGUGUUCAUGGUGAGUUCCAGCAUUUCUUGUUCCAGAAAAAGAGCAUUGGUUUCACAUUUUGGAUUAUAUAUUGGCUUCCAUUUAAGCUCCUAUCUGCUCUAGAACCUAACCAAAAUCCUAAAGAGCUCCAGCUAGAGCAAAUUUACCACAGGAUUGCACUUUUACAUGAGUGGCUUACCCUGUAACUAAUAAUACCACCUCCAAAUGCUACACUUGCAUUUUUCUUUUCUUUUUUUAAAAAAAUCUUUGCAGAUCAAGCCUACAUUUUGAAUUCAUUACGAUCCCCAGGAGUUAGUAAAUUUUCAGCGCUACCUACAAAUACCUGCUGCUUUUUGCAAUUUUCUUGUCACGCGAGCUUCCAAGUCAAGCUAAUUCCAAUCACAUUCUCAUUUUACUCAUAAUGGCCCAAACUCUUCACAUUCCAGAGAAGGCACAUGCUAAUUUGAUGUACUUUUCUGUUUCAUGCUUUCUUUUUUAAAAGUUCUCGUUUCCCCCUCCCUCCCCUGUUUGUGGUUUCUGCCUACUUCUUUGAGUUCUCUAAGCGCACAAGGAGGGAGUGGGGGGGGGGAUGAAAACAUUUAUUUCCCCCUCAGCAAACAGUAAAACUUGGCAGGAAAAGAGCAUGCUUAAAAGCCCAUAAAAAGACACACACACACACACACACACGCUAUCAAUUCAGAGUAAGGAGAGGGAGGGCAUUUGUGUCUUGUGAGCAGAGGCAGCCGUUUUUCUCUCUGGAUAGAUCACUGCUGUUCUAUUAGCAUUUUAUAUGGAUAUGGAUCUCCUAAAUAUUCCUUUUUGCAAGUACCUUUUGCAUAUCUCUGCUCAGCUUCAGCUGUACUUGACUAGUUUCAAACCAGCCCGAACCAUUCCCCUCCCCCCCCACUUCUACCCUGCUGUGCUGGUGUAAGAAAAUGGGGAAAUGUUUAAAUGUGUACGCAAUUCAGCUUAAUUAAUGCAUGCAAAUGAGCCAUGACUCCCCCAGCUUCUGAGUAGGGGACGCCUAUCGUUGGCAGCUAUUGUUAUUUACCCAGACUGUAUUUCUGAGGUUGCUUUGGUCGUGAAAUUCUGCUUGCUCCAUAAGAUGCAAUCAGCAUCAGUGACUGCUCAUUUCUAGAGGACAGUAUGUCUUCUUUGACUGUCCUUCAUGGUUUCUUGGAUGAAUUUAUACUGAUAGUAAGAACCUGUGCGUUGAAUCUUUGAUUUGUACCCCAUCUUUCUUUCAACAUGAGACCCAAGGUAGCAUGCAUGAGGGCUCUCAUCCAGGGACUGGCCAUAAAAAGACCUAGUUAGGUUCAGCAAGGUGGUAGUUUCAUGUGGCUUCAGACCAAACUCUGAUUUCUUGUUGAGAAGGCUGGGCAAUGUUUGCAUUACCACGUUCUCUCACACUUCCCAGUGCAUUUCCCCUCUCAGUUUCUUUAUUGCAAAAAGCCCAGUGUUUGGUAGAAAUGGGCUUGUUGCUUAUAGCUUCGCAAUCAGCUUUAAUUGAGUGACCUGAAUUUUACGGUAUGUAAUUGAAUCCCACCCGGAAAUAGUGGCAGCAUGGAAGUAUUCAACUCCUAGGACGUACGAUGGAAAGGCCCAGGUAUGUUUAGCCUGGAGAAGAGAAGAUAAAGGUGGGGGGAAGAGACAUGAGAGAUGCCUUCAAACCUCUGAAGGACAGCCAUACUGAAGAAGGCUUGGUCUCCGUUGCUCUUCCAGAGGAUACUAUAAUCUAUGGGUGGGAGAUUACCAGGGAGCAGAUUCUAACUAACAUGCGGAGAGCUGGUAAGGAUUGAUCAGCCACAGAACAGACAACCUCAGGAGGUGAUAGGUUCCCCUUUGCUAGAGGCAUUGCAGCAGCUGCUGAGCAGCCAUCUUCCAAAGAUGCUGUGAUUACAAGAGCAUUGAGCAAGAAGUUUAGGCUCUGUGACCCCCAACUCUAUGAUUCAUUUCGGCCUUCUGUGUACUAUCCAUUCAGUUCCACCACGGCUUGCUAACAACAUCCGCCCCCCACCCAGCUAAGCAAAACCCUUGUUGUAAUUGUUUGUUAGUGAAAGAAAGAAGUGAAGGUGGGAAGAAAAGAAAGGAAGACGAUUGUACUUAAUGAGAAUUUCCAGGCUGAAUAGGCAGCCUCAAAGCACAUUAAUUCCAGAUGAUUCUUUCUCCACAGAGGAUACUUAUUAUUGGAGCAGCUUCUAUAGUGAGGAUUGGUAUCAGUUCCUGCAUCUAAGAAACAUACUGAAUAAAUCCUGCUUUACUGGAGUUGAGAGAAGGUCUUGAAAGGAGAGGAGAGUAGAGGGUUCGUCUAGGCAGCAACGGGCCUUUCAGUAUUCAAAGUGCUUUAUGAUUGUUAUCACAUUCACAAUAGCCUUCUGAGAAAUGUCAUUUUCUAGGUAGGAGACUAAGGUCACAACCACACGAUGCAUCUAAAACCAUGCUUAUACCACUUUAAGUUACGGCUUCCCCAAAGAAUCUGGAGAACUGUAUAGUUUACCCCCUCCCCUCAGAGCUACAGUUCCCAGCACCCAGAACAGCUCCCAGGAUUCUUUGAGGAAACAAUAUAGUUUUUAUUGGUUUGUUUAGAUGCAUAGCAAAAUAUAGGUAGCCAACUAAACCAAAUCAUAACCAUAGCUGUCAAUGUUUUCCUUUUUUUAAGGGAAAUUCCCUUAUUCCGAAUAGGAUUCCUCACAAGAAAAGGGAAAAGUUGACAGCUAUGAUUAUAACACUUCUCCCCCCUCCCCCCCUCCCUGAAUUUUGCCAGCUACCUAGUAGUAUUCAUGUCCUUGUAAUAUUCAUUGCCCUUUUAGUUUUCUACAGGGUUCUCCUAUGUUACUCCAUGUGGGUUGUAUGGAAGCAUCCAUCAUAGCUAUCAACUUUCCCCUUUUCUUGCGAGGAAUCCUAUUCAGAAUAAGGGAAUUUCCCAUUAAAAAAGGGAAACGUUGGCAGCUAUGGCAUCCAUCCACAGUGCGGUCAUCUCCAGCUGGAAGUAUCAAGAAGUCAGUGUUUUAGAAUUCUUUUUUUUUCUCCUCCUAUCCUGCCCUUGUGUUUAAAACAGAGAAUAACCAUUUACAGGCACAAGGAUAGCAUUAGAAUAGCCUUUCAGAACAAGCAAAAGAAGAAUGUUAAUCUAUUGCCCCCUAAGAAGAUAUUCUAUUAAAAUGUAUUGCUCCAGAUGUGUUAUAUUAUUUUGAAACUACUUCCUGCAUCUAUUUGGGUCUUUCUCUUUCUCUGUAAUAAUACUGAUCUGCCUUACAAACUGUACAUAUCAUUGAGAUUACUGAAAUUAACGUGUAUGGCAUACUCCAAAUAUGUAGGAAAACCACUGUAUCAGCCUUCCCCAACCUCUUGCCCUCUAUAUGUUUUGGAUUAUAACCCCAUCAUCCUUGACCAUUGCCCAUGCCAGCUAGGACUGACGGCAGUUCAAAUUCUAGUUAGCUUGAGGGAAAAAUGUUCCAGCUUGGGGAAAAAUGUUCUAUAUUGUAACUUUUUAAAAACCCCUUUGGAUUGUGCACAGUUGAUCUCAGAUCCUGAGGGCAUAGAUGAUUCAGGCAGCAAAAUGUCAUGGGCAGGCCCUUAUCUCCACCUUCUCUCUGUGUAUGUCUGGCUUUUACAGAAAACCCAGCUGUUUCUAAGAAGUGCGUUUGACAGGUGAAUCUGUUACAUGAAGACUAUGUGAAGAACUAGGAGUGGAAGGGAAAAGAUUCUUCUUAAACAGGGCUGGGGAACCUUUUCAGCACAAGGGCCACAUUACCUCCUGAACAGUGUUAUGGGGGCCACAUACCAGGGGCAGGUGAGGGAAGAUGCAGAAGUAGGUGGCGCAAUGGAUAUAACACUUGACUUUUGUACAGCAGGCUGCAUUCCAGAUGUGCGCAACUCUCUAUCCUCCAUCCAAGCAAGCAAGCAAAACUUAUUAUUAGCAUAAUUCAAGGAAGACACAUUCCACUCAGGUAAAAGCAUCUGGGAAGGCUGUGACACAGGGCAGUGAGUUGUGUGGCCUGUGGAGAGAGCAAGAUAAAGAGAUCUGGAGGGCUGCAUUCUACCCCUGCCCCUUACUCUUCUUCUGCGUCUGACCCACUGCUCUAGCUGAAGAGAGCAUGACUUUAAGAUCUGUUUUGGGACUAACACAGGACACGCCUGGGGGAUGAGACAACAGCCACAUCAGGCUUUUGCUGGAGAUAAUAGCAGGCAUUGGAGGUAACUUGUCAAUGGGCUAUCUGAAAAAUAGUUAUUCCUUCUUUUGAGGUACUAGUGCCUGUCUAUGUUAGGGGGGUUUGGAAGGGGCUUAUGAUGGGUUGGUGGGAGCAUAUAACCGAGAGGUAAUUGUUUUCAAAACCUUUGUCUUUUGUAUUUUUUUUCUUAGUGGUCAGCCAAUCCCUAGAGUGGACUAUACACCUGAAGAAAUAAAAACUUGGGGAGUGGUGUUCAGGGAACUGACCAAGCUGUAUCCUACUCACGCCUGUCGAGAGUAUUUGAAGAACUUCCCUUUGUUGACCAAGCAUUGUGGCUACCGAGAGGAUAAUGUCCCUCAGCUGGAGGAUGUUUCUAUGUUUCUUAAAGGUAAGGGUCAAAUCUGGCUUCUAGCAGAACAGGGUGCUGUAAAAAUAAUUGUGUCACAUUUCAAGUGUUGCACAAUUGGCCAAGUAAUGAGAGCUGUUUAUACCUUUAUUCUUCGCACGACAAUUCUGUGCAUUGAAUAAGUAGUUAUGGAACAAAUCUGUAUGCAGGGAGGGGAAAAAUACCCACCAGGAAUCUCUACCGUCUCCCCUUUGGGAGUUUUGCACAAAAGUCCUGGCUGACCCCCAAUCCCCUGAGAAUGUCUCUAUUAUGACAUGUGUCUUUUUGACUAUACAUGCGUAAACCCAUCUGAAUACAAAGCAAAGCAGUCAGCUCUGUGCUUGGAACAAACCAGUGCACUGAAAUCUUAAAUGGAGUAUGAACAAUGCCUCCUUAUUCAAUACAUUUUGUAUUUUCAAGACAGGGACUCCAUAUGUCCUGGGCAGUAAGGUUUGCAUGGUUGAAUGUUUGUAAAGCAGCUGGAGGUAGUGGGGUCAAGCUUCUCCUCCAAAAUGGGCCUGUCGCCAGAUGUUCCCAGCUGCCUUUCCUGAAGUCAUAACUGAUCUGGAAGUUUGCACUCUUCCAGCGACAACACUGAACUUGGCUGGAAGGUGCACCAGUUGGUCUGCUCCAAGCCUCCUUCUCAGAUGGUAAUGUUGAUCAUCUGCCAGUUGCGUUACUCAUGACUCAUCUUCUGUAAUCCUCUCUUUCUAAUCCUCCCAAAUGCAUUGCUCCUUUGCAGUGCUUUUUUAAAAAAGAAAAAAGAAAAAAAAAGGCGCUAGUACUCACCAGGAAGUUGUUACAGUAUGUGCCACACUUUUAACAUUUUGGGGGAAAGGUGCCGGUACUGCCUACCCAUGAGUACCACCAGACUUCCUUGCCUUCCAGUUCAGGGUCAAGACUGGAGCAGGCUGAGAGACAGUCUAAUUAUAGCUGCAUUCUGUGUAUCCUCAUCAACUCCUCUAGUAUGGAAAUGACAUUUGUCCCAUAGCACUACAGAGCAAUAACAGAAGGCCUCUCCUCUCCUCCUCAUCCAUCUUUUGGAGACCUCUGUUUUGGAGUCUCAUUUAUUUAUUUAUUUCACUUUAACCCUAUUCUCUCUCCAAGUUGGCCAGAGUGACAAACUAGUCUCUUGCUUCCUUGCAUUCCACAAAAAAAAUAAACAAACAAACAAAAAAAUAAACAAAAAAAAUACCCUGUGAGGAAAAUUAGGCCGAGAAGAAUUGAUCCAAAGACACCUGCUGAACUUCAUGGAUAAGUGGGAAUUUGAACCAAGGUUUCUGCAGUUCUAGUCUGACACUCUCAGCAGGAGGUAGCCAAUAUGGUGCCCUCUGGUUGUAGCUGGGAGUUGUGGUCCAGCAACAUCUGGAGGGCACCAUUUUGGUUGCCUCCUCAUCCAGCCCACUGCAUAACAAAUUGUUUGUGGUUGUGUAUACAUUAUCUGGCUUGAAACACCGCUAGGUCAUUGUAAAGCAUUUUGCUCAUGGUGGGCUGCUCUUCUCAUUACGUACUGCAAACCAUGUAAGAUAGCCCAGGGAAAACCAACCUGCCCUGUAGCACUGCCCAAAUCUCUGUAGUCUCCCAAUCCUGAACUAAGGGAAGCUCAGGUUGUUUCUGGAUGUUCUUGGGAUUCACAAAGACAAGAGCCAAACAGUCCGCUCACUGUCUUUUGAGCUCCAAGCACAUAACUUAGGUCUCUUCUAAGCACAGGUGUGGGUUUUUCAGGUGUGUGUCUUGUUUUGUUUUGUUUUGUUUUGUUCUGGUGCUUUUCUUCCUGGAAAGAUUCAGAAAACCUGAUUGCUGCUUGUGCUGAUUCAGCAGUAAAAUGUGGGUUUUCCCAGGGAAAGUACUGGAGGGGAAACACACCAACGAUGACACUCAGACACAACCUGAAAAGCCCAGACCUGUGCUUAGAAAUGAAGCAAAAAGGGAAGUGUGAAUGAGCCCUUACUCAGUUGCAUAUGGCCAAGCACAGAAUACGAACCCUUGACCAAUAAAAGACAGUUAAGAAAGGCUAAUAGUGUAAAGCAAACCUUUGGGAAUGAGAGGACAGAACAAAACAAAACAACAAAGCUAGCUUGCCUAAAUCAUGGAACCCACCAGCAAGCUUCAUCCAGACACAAGGUUAUUGCAGUGCAUGAUCCUUCAUCUGAAUGAAGGCCUUCGAUGCAGGUCAGAGACCAGGUUUUGUACUAAAAGACCUGGAUACAGAAGUGUAGAUUUUCCAUCAUCCAAUCAGGGCCUUGGGGUAUAUUUCCUCACCCCAAGGACAGUGUACAUGCGGGAUUUCUCGGUGGAUUUCUGCACAGCCAUUGUGACCUUGAUGCAACCCUGCAUGAGGCACACAGGUGGCAGGAUGAACUAAUUAAACGGAGUCAUUUUUUCCUCUCAGGAAGACUGCACCAAGAACCCUACGUAAAAAGCCAUUUUAAAACGAGUCAAAGGGGGAUUUAUUUGCAGCUGUUCUUUCUCUCCGUUUGGAUUGAAACUGGCUUGGGUAGUCACACUUCACCACACACAGUAUUUAAUAGGAAACCAAAGGAUAGACAUGGCUUUUGGCUAAUAUCACAUGUACGCUGCUUCCCAGACCACUGGUGGGAGCAUACCAGGUGCACAGUAAAUGGUGUGUGUGUGUGUGUGUGUGUGUGUGUAGACACAGCCUGUGUUGAAUGAUCCCACCAAGGCCAUAUUCUUCCCUUAUCCUUCUGGAGAUGCAAUGUGGGCAUGUUAGUUUUAGCCAGGGCAAACAUCACUGAGGUCGCAUGUGCUGCAGUCUGCAGGAAUUGCUGUGGGAAGUCUCUGAUGCUGACACAGUUUUUGUCAAAGAAGAUGAGGCAGAUGUCAGAUUUAUUUGCCCCUUAUCUCGGGGUUCAAUUUGACCUGGUUGCUUAUGUCUUCUCAUUGUUCCAGGCCCUGGAAGAUCUCUUUUGAGUUUCAGGGAGUUAUUAUUAGGGCUGCCUUUUCCAGUUAUUUGGAGUGCCGAUAUUUCUUACAAAUAUUAAACGUUUAAAUCGGGGGCAGGGGAAAGACCGCCCCCCCCACACCAAAACAAGUUCCCACUAUGACCGCAGAAAAGUCACAGCAAAAUAUAGUCCUAAGAACCUGAGAAAGAUUUUUCUGAUCAAAAAUAAAAUAUUGUGUAUGGCUUGAAAAGCUAACCUGCCCCAGCUCCCAUUCCUUCCUUUAUUCUUACUUUAUGGCUACUAGCACUUAACAUUAAUUGGCUGACUGCUCUUUGAGCUGGGUUGCAUCUUUCAAAGGUGCAUCCUGCAAUGUUCUCUGGAUCCCUGAGGAAGGGCACUGAAACACAGUUCCUUUUUCUUUUCUUUGCUUGAAGCUAGAAAAGCACUCCAAGGUUCAAAUGUGUGUUCUCAGCCAAAGACAACAGUCACAAUUUUUUUCUGAAGAGGACUAAGCUUAGCUCAUUUAAUUCUAAACAGUAACUAAUGAGAUGAGAAAGAGCUUGAGAAAGAACCAGCCUGUUCAUAAGUGAACAUAAGUUUUGGAGUGGUGCCAGCUGAAGACAUUCCUUUUUUCCAACAAGCCUUUUGAGUGGAGAUUUUUUAAUCCCAACCUGUAUUGGAUCUGGGGUUGUUAGCUGUAUGACAUUUGUUUUAAUGGUUAAAUUGUUUUGAGAUAAUUUUAUAGGAAGCACUUCAUAAAUGAAAUGAAAUGAUAGACAGAUAAUAAGGUAAACUUCCCCCAUCUGACCUUUUCGGCAUUUCCUUUCCUUUCGACCUCAGUGUUUACAAUCAACCCCACAUCAUCACUCAGGAUAACACUUUGUGCCUUUGGUCCUUAAAAGCUUAUGCCAUAAUAACACCGUCAGCUUUUAAGAUGCCACAGGGUUCUUUGCUGUUACAGAAAUGUUUGCCGAUGAUUUCCAAAUGAAUAAUGUGCCAUCAGAUUUCAUGAAAGAUCUGAGGCUAUUACACAUAGAGGUAAAUCAGUGUUUGCACCAAGUAUCCACCCAGCACGAAAUUGCUUGCCAUUCAGAUAAUUUUUGCAUAUACUACCUGCAUGAUACACACAGCUGGCAGCAUGUAUUUGCUCCCCCUUAAUGUUGUCAAUUUUAUGAGGAUACUAAAGAUAAAAUGCUUUGUUCAAACCUGUAUAAAGUGGCCCUGCACCCCUCCCCUUUUAAUCUGCUGCUGUAGAUAAAACAGGAAGGUGAUUAGUGAUAUUGGCACAUUGUAACCUUGGUGUUUUCCCCUCAGCUAAAUGAUCUGCAUCAAUUCAUCCAUUUUAUUUUCUUAAGGAAUGUCUAGCUGGUACAAACGACGUUUGAUUCUGUAGGGAAAAUAUGGAAUAGUUUGUGUUUUCUGUAGAUUGACACACAUACUCAGAUAAUUUUGGUUUUUCUACCACUUCAGAAAGGUCUGGAUUCACAGUCAGACCAGUUGCUGGAUAUUUGUCACCUCGUGAUUUCUUAGCUGGCCUUGCCUAUCGAGUUUUCCACUGUACUCAGUACAUACGCCAUGGGUCUGAUCCUCUCUACACUCCAGAACCGUGAGUAUAAUUUUUCAUAACUUAGCAUGUAUUACAUUUAUUUUUUCCAUGUUUCCUCCAAGCAGGUGACGAUGAGGUGCAUGGUUCUCUUCUCUACCUCCCCUCAACUUUUUCUUCUCAUAACAGCCCUGUGAGGUAGGUUAGGCUGGGAGAAAGUGACUGUCCCAAGGUUACCCACUGAGUUUCACGGCCAUGAAGACCACAGGGUGACUUUGGGCAAGUUCCUGUCUCUCAGCUUAACCUGCCUCACAGGGCUAUCAUGGGAAUAAAACGGGGAGGAAAGGCAAACCACUUAAGCAGCCCCGAUCCCCUUGGAGCCAGUGUGGUGUAGUGGUUAAGAGCGGUGGACUCGUAAUCUGGUGAACCAGGUUUGCGUCUCUGCUCUUCCACAAGCAGCUGCUGGGUGACCUUGGGCUAGUCACACUUGUCUGAAGUCUCUCAGCCCCACUCACCUCACAGAGUGUUUGUUGUGGGGGAGGAAGGGAAAGGAGAAUGUUAGCCGCUUUGAGACUCCUUAAAGGGAGUGAAAGGCGGGAUAUCAAACCCAAACUCUUGGAGGAAAGGAAAGGCAACAUGAAAAAAAAAAUGUAACAACACUACUUGGCUUCUUCAGUUAGAGAUGUUGCACAGUUCCACAAAUCCCAUUUAAUUUCAAGCCUGUGGUUCUGCCUCUUUGAACUGUUUCAUGCUUCUGGACCAGCUACAGCACACCCUGCCAAAAUCAUGUACGUUUGCACAAUACCUGCCUCUUUUCUCCAGGGCAAGGGCCAGCUGCUUCUGGGUCCGCCACUGUUAAUGGUGUGUGUAAUGACAGAGAAGCAACUUCCAUGAAACUCACCUGACAUUCCAAGGACUCUCGUAUAGGAGGGGAGAGAAAAUAUCCUCAUUGUCCUGGCGAAGGAAAAGGUUCAAUUGGCAGACCCCUGUCCUUUACACCAUGGUGUCUUUCCUGUAUCUAACCAAAAGGAGGGAAGGUCCAAAGCAGCAAAUGGUGUGCUCAGGCUCCAGGGAUGCAGGACAUUCACAGAGCGUAAAGGGUUUUUGAAAGCGCUCAGCUUCCUCUUUCUCUGUAGCAAAUGCUCAGGACUGCUGUGAAGGCCAAUCGGUUAAUAAACAAGAUGAUCCCUUGUUGCUUGAGCUUGUUGUCAUCUGGCUUUUAUCUGUGUAACAGCAAGCACCUCAAGAGCGUCACUCUGUGUGCGUUAAUUCUAACCCCACUGAUGGAGGGCACCUUCUCUGAACAGAAACCCAUCUACAGACUUACAUGAACCCCAGUCUCACAUUUGCAGCCAAUAUUCUAAUUCCAAACUCUUCUGAGGGAUUUCUAGAUCAAUUAAUCUCUGCCAAGUCUUUCCUGAAACCAAAUCCUGGUAUUUAAGACUGGAAGUGAUGAACAUUCAGAUGGCUUCACCCCCCCACCCCACCCAGUCCUGGGAACUGCAUUUUGCUGAGGGGCAAACUAGAGUACCCAGGAUUCUUUGGGGCAUGGUAUAAACACGCUUCAAAUAUAUAGUGUGGCUGUGACCAAAGGGGUUCUGUUGUAGUGCCUUCUAUUAGCAAACUCAGAUAGUGAGAGCCAACAGGUAUAGAGUGAGAUGGGAGACCCUGAGAAAUAAGACAGCAGUACCAGCAUGCUCAAGGGAACUCUAAAGUCUGCAGCAGCAGAAAAUUAUUUUUUUUAAAAAGCCCUGAAUCGGGCAAGCAAGCAAGCAACCCCUUAGCUCAAUGAGGAUUGAGCAUGCUCAAUAGUCACAGAAUAAUGAGUGUCAGUUGGAAAAGAAAACCAGAAAAAUAGGCCCCCACAUCUGGUGCCAGUCCUGAGUACUGAUCAUCAUGUACAGUCUACCUGGGAUGGAAAUUGAGCUGCUCCCUCUGUCCUUCUGCAAUCAUUGUUUCAGCUUAUGCCCACAGCUUUUUGUUUAUUCUCUACAUCAGGCAUAGGCAAAUUCCGACCCUCCAGAUGUUUGGGACUACAAUUCCCACCAUCCCUAGCUAACAGGACCAGUGGUCAGGGAUGAUGGGAAUUGUAGUCCCAAAUAUCCGGAGGGCUGGAGUUUGCCUAUGCAUGCUCUACAUGUUCAUUGUUUUCUUGCUGGCGUUUCAAUAUUCUUUCAUUCUAUUUUCCCAUCUUUUUUUUAAAUAGAGAAAAUGAGCCCAAAGGGAAUUCUAUUAAUAUUGAUGGCUCUUUGUUGAAAUAUCUGCUGUUUUUGGCACUGAAUUAUUUUAUUUCUUUUUUAUUGCAAUGUCUUUUGACUUGCACCAGUGAGCACUGGCAUUGGUGUUAUUUCUGUGAUAUCACGUUUGGUGCUGUAGUGGUUCUAGGGGUUGCUCGUGCGUAAGCCGGUGCCGGCACCUGGCUGGGUUGCCUGAGUGAACCUUUUCUGUCCAGACAGCCACUCACCCGUGGCUGUUCCAGAACCAUUUUAAAUUAAGUAGAAUAGGAAAGAUUUCUAAACAUCAGAUCAAUACUUUCUGCAUUAAGAAAUGCAAACUGACAUGACCUUCAGAGUUCACAUUUACCAAAAAAGCACUGGGACCUGUAACAAAAUGUUUCUGUGUGACUGCUCCUGUUCAGUGUUCCAGCCAGCCAGCCAGCCAGCCACAACUUUCAGGGCACUCCAUUCCACACUUACCUGCCCCAAACAAACACUCAGUGUUUUGUGGCUGCUGAGCAUGCUCAGUACUUGCUAGGUUGUUUUGGGGGUGUUUCCCAAGAGGUUCUCAUUUGUAUUUCUGCCAAUGAAAGACCUGCCCAAGUCAUGCAGAUCUUAGAGGGUCUCGUUUAGAAAGGUCUCUUUCAGCCCCGCUGGUUGAAAACCCUUUCCUGGCAAUGCCCGACACUGAAAUUGCAGCAAAGCAUGAUUGCUAAGCCAGUGUUGGUCAUACUCAGAGUAGAUCUACUGAAGUCAAUGGGCUUCUAUCUAUUAAUUUCAGUAGGUCUACUUUAUGACUUAGUUGGAUGUUCGUUCCAUAAAAAAGUAAUAAUAAAUAAAGAAAUUGUUCUGCCAUUGAGACUGCUGCACCUGUAAAGAAAGGUUACAGCAGGAAGUCAAGUUCCGAAAUCAAUUGAGGCGCUCAUGUUCCACUCAAGAGUGUUCUCACAUAUUCUUUAGAGAAAUGCUUGGCACUGGGUGAAAAGGGGGCAUUGUAAUGUGAAACUUGACACAUGAACUUGUCGCCUGCAGGAGAAUUUGGAUUAUUGUUCACCUGGCAACAAAGUGGCCCUAUUCCCAACAGAUGAGCCUUUCACAGGAAGCGCAAGGUGACAGCUCUGAAUUGAAAAUGAAUGCUGAGUCUUUAAGACUUCGGCUCCAUUCACAAUCCCCAUGAUGUCUGUUUCCAUAUUGUCCAAGACAUAUGAACAUGAAAAACAGACAAACUGGGAAACUCCUGCUUGCUUCCUAUUGUCCUGCCCAUGCAUAGCAUAUUCCUGGUGUGCAUGUCUGUGAUUCAGUGAACAAUAGUGGAUGGGCUGGCAUGAAUAACUCAGGCAUGUACUGUGCUCUUUUGAUGGGCAGUAUCAGGAUUAUAAUGGGGGAACAGAGCAUAGCAUUAAAAAAAUAGGAAUACAUAUUCCAAGUAUUGUUUUGCCUGAAAACAGAGGCAGUGGGCUCUCUUUAUUUGUACAAAAAAAAUGCAAACUUGCUUUUUCCCUCCUGAAGAUGUUGCUCAAAGCAACUAACAACAUGCAAAACACAAAAAUAAAAACACAUUGGGGGUUUUUUUAGCGCUGCUUUACAGUGUCAAAUUUGGACCAAAAAUACUUGAAUGCGAGUCUGCAUGGAAAGUUUAAAAACCCCCACAGUAUUCUCCAGUUAGCGUCAAAGUUUUAUUUUUGUAAACAAACCUUUUAAUACUUAUGACAGCUAGAUUCAUUUUUUUUUUUAAAGCCCACUGAACUGCUUCAGGUUUGGCUAAGAGGUUUGCAUGCAUCAGUUCUCUUAGUCCAGUGAUGCUUUUAUACUUCUACUAACUUUGCAUCUUAAUUCCCUUGCAGGGAUACAUGCCAUGAACUUCUGGGGCACGUGCCUCUGCUUGCUGACCCUAAAUUUGCCCAGUUUUCCCAAGAGAUUGGACUGGCCUCCCUGGGAUCUUCUGAUGAGGAUGUCCAAAAACUUGCAACUGUGAGUCACUAAGUUUUAAAAGUGUGAGUUUUGCUUGAUUCUUCAGAAUCUGUCAAGUCUACUAAAAUGAAGUGUUUCUCAGUGUGAUGAUAAAACAAGUCACCCACUUUCUUUGGCAACACCUCCUCUGACUGGUUUGUGGCUGAGGUAUGCAGGCUAGCCUCAGUGGCCCAGAAAGACCUGACAGCUGUGUGUGGUUGUGUGAUUGAAGGUAGUGGUGCAACGAGAGAACAUUGAUUUUAACACUUUCCCCUCUUUCUUUCGCCUAACAUCUCUGAAAUACAGACAUGGUUUGUACCUGUAGAAUAUGAAGAUUUGGGACAAGGUUUUCACUCAUUACACUGUGUUAUUUGUCUCAGUGUGCUUUUAGAAAAGGUAAAGGGACCCCUGACAGUUAAGUCCAGUCGCGAACAGCUUUGGGGUUGUGGCACUCAUCUCACUUUACAGGCCGAGGGAGCCAGCGUUUGACCGCUUCCGCAGACAGUUUUUCUGGAUCAUGUGGCCAGCAUGACUAAGCCGCUUCUGGUGCAAUGGAACACCAAAACCAGAGCAGCGCACAGAAAUGCGCACAGAAAUGCCAGAGUGGUACCUAUUUAUCUAUUUGCACUUUGACGUGCUUUCGAACUGCUAGGUUGGCAGAAGCUGGGACCGAACAACGGGAGCUCAACCCAUCGCGGGGCCUUGAACCACCAACCUUCCAAUUGGGAAGUCCAAGGGGCACAGUGGUUUAAACCGCAGCACCACCCGUGUCCCCUUUAGAAAAGAUCGCCGUAAAGGAUUAUUAUUAUUAUCAUCAAUACCACAUGGGGGAGAUGGGUGAAAAGCAAGCUAAUUGUGAAACACGGCUUCUUCAUUUAUUGCAUUUCAUGGGCAGUACCAUGAAUGUCAAGGAGAUGAACUCAGGGAAGUUCCAUCUGACACUGUCCAGAAUGAGGAAGGCCUCAGGCGCAGUGAUCCAAGGUCUCAGGGCACAGGGGUAUGAUGGGUGGAAUGAGAACAGGAUAGCGUCUUGGGAUCGAAACAACCACAGCUUUGUUUAUAACAGAUGUCAGUAGGCUUUGGCAUAGACAUUGGGUAUGGGUCCUGAACAGAGAAGGAAAGGCCUGGAAAUCCCCCGGAAAAAUCCUGAAUAAACAUGACCAUUUACUAGUUGAUUAAUCCUUCAGGGUCAAUUCUGGAUUUAAGAAUCACUCUACAAUGAGAGUCAAUUCUGGGCAAUCCUUCCAGGACACCACUUGGGAAGUUCUGUGGCCCAUUAACCAUCAUCUGGGCCUUCAGACAGAAACCUUCUCCUGGACCCCUUUACCGGGGUACCCUGAUACUUUGACUGGAGUGAUGAGGGGUCUCUUACAUCCUUUUUCUGGACUAAGGAUCCAACCCAAUGCCUUUUUUUUUUUGCCAACAAGUUGUAACAGUUGCUACUAGGUAAGCAAAACCUCCAGAAAGGCCCAGUUUUGUCUGCCAGAGAAUUCAUCUCUGACUCCAAACAGCUCCAUAGCAAGGUCUUAAGCACAUCCUGCCUGCCCACCCCAGGUAAAGGCAAAAUUAUAGAGAGGAGGGGGGAGACCCUAUGCUGACUGCGCUGACCAAGCCACACACUGCUGAUUUAAAAGAGAUUGGGCAGACCUGGUUGAAGCCAGUCGGCUCACUGGCCAACCAGAACCACCCCACCAUUCCCAGCACCACAACCAGCACACAACUGGUUUGACAGGGCUUUAAAUCUCACAGGCAGUUCCCAGCCUCCUGCGCAGAUAUCCAGGGCAAUGAUGACAUCAGGUGGCUGCGCAGGAGAGGAACAAUUUGCACCCCCAGGUUGCCUCCUGUGCCCAUGUUGGGCCACAAUCAAAUAGUAAGCGAUCUUUGCAUUGAAAGAUCUUUGCAUUGAAGGAUUGAAGUUGAAUCCUGACAAGACAAAAGUACUUUUUUGGGGGGACAGGGGGCGGGCUGGUGUGGAGGACUCCCUGGUCCUGAAUAGGGUAACUGUGCCCCUGAAGGACCAGGUGCGCAGCCUGGAAGUCAUUUUGGACUCACAGCUGUCCAUGGAGGCGCAGGUCAAUUCUGUAUCCAGGGCAGCUGUCUACCAACUCCACCUGGUACGCAGGCUGAGACCCUUCCUGUCCACGGACUGUCUCGCCAGAGUGGUGCAUACUCUAGUUAUCUCCCUCUUGGACUACUGCAAUGUGCUCUACGUGGGGCUACCUUUGAAGGUGACUUGGAAACUACAACUAAUCCAGAAUGUGGCAGCUAGACUGGUGACUGGGGGCGGCCGCCGAGACCACGUAACACCGGUCUUGAAAAACCUACAUUGGCUCCCAGUACGUUUCUGAGCACAAUUCAAAGUGCUGGUGUUGACCUUUAAAGCCCUAAACGGCCUCGGCCCAGUAUACCUGAAGGAGCGUCUCCACCCCCAUUGUUCUGCCCGGACGCUGAGGUCCAGCACCGAGGGCCUUCUGGCGGUUCCCUCAUUGAGAGAAGCAAAGCUACAGGGAACCAGGCAGAGGGCCUUCUCGGUAGUGGCGCCCGCCCUGUGGAACGCCCUCCCAUCAGAUGUCAAAGCGAUAAAUAACUACCUGACAUUCAGAAGACAUCUUAAGGCAGCCCUGUUCAGGGAAGUUUUUAAUGUGUGAUAUUUUAGUGUAUUUUUGGUUUCCAUGGAAGCCGCCCAGAGUGGCUGGGGAAACCCAGCCAGAUGGGUGGGGUACAAAUAAUAAAUUAUUAUUAUUAUUAUUAUUAUUAUUAUUAUUAUUAGCAUGCAUGAGGAACGAGGAAAGGCCUUGCAUGUGUGGAGCUCCAUGUCUGAUCAGAGCUCUAUACAAAGAACAUCUGAACCAGGAAAGAAGCAGCUCCCUCCUUCAAAACUGGGUUGUUGUUUUUUGCAGACAUUCACAUAAAGACAAAAGCCCUAGUAUUCCUUUAAGUGCUGAAUUUAUGGCACUGGCUGCUAGAAAAUGUUAUUUAUAAAUGGAGGGUUUGGAUAGACUAUAAAUAUUGAAAGAAAACUCCAGUGCUACUUCCCAGGUAGUUUUAGAAAAGGGAUUUAAAAACCAUGGUAGGAGGAAUCAGAAAUAUUUCUGAAAGUGUGUAACAAUGCAGGAAACAAGUGGCUAAUGUGCAAGGACUGUGUCUAUCCCAAGCAAAAAACUAGAUAUUUGGAUGUGUGAACUUUCUGUUUACACCACGACAAAAAUUAGCAGCUUGGAUGAACAUGCACAACUCCACUCAUGCAAAUGUUUCAUAGUGUUUUCUUCAGUGAGCUGAGAAAUAACUGGUGUUUUCUUGCAAUGAAGAAUCUAUAUAUGUGCCUGGAUAUGCCCCACAGAGUCAUGAGGUGUCCGAAACACCCAGUACAGUUAUACUUUGGUUCUCAAACAGAAUCCGUUCCAGAAGUCUGUUUGACUUCCGAAAACAUUCAGAAACCAAGGCACGGCUUCUGAUUGACUGCAGGAGCUUCCUGCACACAAUCGGAAGCUGCAGAAGCAGCGCCAGACGUUCAGGUUCUAAAGAAACAUUUGAGUCGCAAGGCAUUUGACAACCAAGGUACAACUGUAUUUAUAAUUUUGGGGAAAUGAGUGUCUGCUGUGUACUGCCACAGUUCACAAGAUGGUUGUUUAGUGAUUGGUAUGUUCUAUCUUCAUCCUUUUUUGGUUGGUCUACACUAUUUGGGUAAAAGUAUCAGUGCCCAUUACUCUGGAAAUGAAGAUGUUAGUAUUUGGUAUACAAGCCUUCUGUGGCUUUUUCUGUUACAAAACUAUCUGAAUAUCUGUCCAAUUAAGGAAUUGCUGUCAGGAACUAAUUGGUUUCAUUACACUCUUUCAAGUCCCCCCACCCCAUCUUUAAAGUAGCUUUUCAACCUCUGUUUUUAAAGUGCUAAAAACUACAGUCUUCUCUUCUCCUUGGUAACAUUUAUUGUGAUAUUUUAAUCGACUGCUGAGGAAUGAAAACCAAACAACUUUUGCUCUUUUGCCACUGCACUGUGUACAGAAAUCUGGAGAAAUUAAUUGCUCCUGAAGCUGGGAGAAAUUGAGGGUUUAAAAAAAUGCUUAUAAAGUUCACAUUUAUUAAUAUGAACGAUUUUGAAUGUCAUAUAUCUAUAUAUAGCCAACCUCAAAAGGAGGUUUACAAAAGGAAUGGAAUUAUCAGUGAAAAGCAACUUAAUUAUUUAAGAAUUACUAAAACCAGCGAUAAACUAAAAAACAGAUGAAAACACUUGUCAACAUUUCACAUGCCUGGCUAGGCUUGCCUGAGCAAAAAUGUUCUUAGGGGGACGCGAAAAGAGUACGGGGAAGACACCUGCAGAGAGCUCUAAAGUCCAGGUGCUGCUACACUUAAAGAUCAAUUUCUCACCUUUGGAGAACAAGUAUUAUGUGGCACCUGUAAUAGUGCCAGUUCCACGCCAGUUUACGGUGUAAAUCAGUCUUGGUCCCUAGUUGUUAAGGGCUUCAUAUACUAAUAACAACACCUUGAAGUUCGCCUGGUAGCAAAUUGGCAACCAGUGCACGUCUUUGCUGGCAAGACUCCUGUCCGCAGUCGUACCACAGCAUCCUGCACUAACAACAGCUUCUGGAUCAAGCCCAAAGGAAGCCCCACACAGAAAGCCCCAUUGCAGCAAUCCAACCUUGAAUGAAGCAAUGCAUAGACUACUGUGGCCAAGCUUUUCCGGCCCAGGAACGGCCAUAGCUUUUGCUAGUAGCAGCUAUUGAAGCUAUCUGGGCCUUCUCCAGGGACAGAGCUGAGUUCAGAAGCACUUCCAGACUGUGAGCCUGCUCCUUCAGGGAGAGUGCAACCCUGUCCAGGGUAGGCCAAAUUAUCCAGCCCGGGAGCCCCUCACCCACAACGCCUCCAUCUUUGCCAGGAUUCAAGCUCAGCUUGUUUCCCCUCAUCCAUUCUGCCACUGCAUCCAAGCACUGGCAUUUUAAAUGACGGUUACAAAUCUUUUAGUGAUCUUCUUCUUCUUUGUAAACCAUUUUGAGGUUUUCCUACUAUCUAGUAGUAUGUAAAUUUUAUGAAAUAUCAAUCAAUCAAUCAAUCAAUCAAUCAAUCAAUCAAUCACAACACCACCACCCAAAACAUGCCUUUUGCUGCAGAGUGCUUAAAACAGGAAGUGCUCUCUGCUAUUCCCCAGUCAAGUGGGAUUGCAGGGAGAGGAACAUUUUACACCUUCCCUCAAUUCUGAUGGAAAUGACCCCUCUUUCUAUUAAACUCAACAGCAUGGAGUCAAUAAUCAUGGCAAUUGCAGGGGAGUGAAGAUUUUAGCAGCUGAGAAAGGGUUGCCCACCAGGGAAAAGAUGACUAGGAGAUCAAGAGUGUGAAGUAGUUCUGAUCCUGCUCACUGCCAUUUCUGACUCAGUCUACCUGCUGGCAAAUUUCCUGUCCCUGGCCUUUCACCCCAGGUGGCAGUAAAUGUUCUCAGUUACACUAACAUGUUUGUCUGGGUGUGUGUGUGUGGCAAUGGGUUUAUACUACAGUGCCUGUUGUGGCUUUUCAGAAGUGGAUGUAAACCCUAAAUCUGUAAUGUUUUCAGUUCCCUGUUUUGAAGUGGAAGUUUCUGGCAUAUGUAAUCCUAGCGUAUGUAAUUCAGAAAUGUGUAUCAGGGUGUGAUCUUUGGCCUGACAAUAGUGUGCCCCUCUUUUCGUCUUUAAAGCACAAGAGCAUCUGCUUCCUUUCACCAGCAAAAGACUGAUAAUUCAAGGCUAGGUUGAACAGAUAUCAACAGUGGAUCUGUUUUUGAAGAACCCACUAUUUGCAAGCCAGUUGCAAUUUGGGCAACAUAAUUGGUAUUUGUUGAACAGCCAAGACUGGCAAACCUCCCUAUUCUGUAGCAAUGCAAUUUCCUCUGCUAUGUAGCCAUAGUCUUGAUGUCAAAAUACUAUCCUCUCAGUAAUGACUGCAGUAUUUGAAUUGGUAGGAGUCCACCACGCACAUGGAAACUAGACAUCAUUUGUAAAGUCUGUGUGAAGUCCUGGAACUUGGAGCCGGGCAGGCGUGAUGUAUUCAUUAUGAUGAGCAUGUCUCAAUUUAUAUUCUUCAGCGUUCCAGGUAGAUGAGAGCAGAAAGCAACAUCUAGGGCACUGCAACAUUUCUCAGAUCACAAGUGACUGCAGAUGCCAGGUCAAGUGAAUCAGAAUUCUGUAGACUUACUUAGCAUUUAUAUAGCACUUUGUACGCUUAAAAUACUUCACAUAACUUUAUCUCAUUAACCUUGACACCAACCAUGUAAGUCUGCCAGUACUGAUAUCCAGCUACUGAAUAAUAGUUUUUUUUGAAACCAGGGCUGGGGAAUCUGUGGUCCUCCAGAUGUUGCUGGAAUCUAGCUCCCCUCAUCUUAUCACAGCCAAGGUUUGGGAAUUACAGUUAUGCAAAAGGAACGGUUUGAUCAUUUAGUUGUUAAAAGCUCUGGGUGAUAUUAUUUAUAGUUUAAAACCACACUUGCACUAAUAGAAAGUGGCUUUCACCAGUCACGAAACUGGAGAGAUGUGCAGGGGGGAAAGACACGAAAGCUACCCAGAAAUUUAGCAGUAUUCAGCACGCAUUUUCUUGAUGUUUUAUGGCGAUGUUUUCCGAGGGCCCCCUAUAAUGAGCAUUAGCCUGCAUGUCAACUUUCAGGCACAAAAACGCAAUAGAUCUUGAUAUUCGAGUUAAUAAGAGAAUAAUGUGAGCCUGACAAAGCAUUUGCAUGCUCAUUAUGUCUGCUGUUUUCAGGGGGAAGCAUCAUCAUCAUCAUUAAGAAAUUGCCGAAUCGGCAAUCACAGCCCUCGGUUGAAGUUCAAUCGCUCAUGCUGUGAAUCUGUGAUCUGUCGGAGUGCGGCUGCGAGAGGAGGGGAGGAAAGAAAAAGAAAAGCUCUUAAAAUGAGCUUGAUGAGUUCUUCAGUUGUCAGGAGUAACUGAAGUAAUUAGUUGAGUAACUAAGGUCAUACCCCUAGCAUUCAGCUCUUGUAGGAACAUUUCGCCUUGUUUUCAUUUGCUUGUUUUCUAUUGUUACAUAUGGAGUAGAUAUCAAAUUAGCAAGGAAAUACGUGUGAGUGAAAGAGUGACCCUCAUUAACACAAUCAAGCUCUUUAAAAAAGAAAAAGACCAGAUGAAAGAUUAACUACUGUUCUGCAUUAAACUACCAAAAAUGUAUUGGUUCAUAGCCAUUCUGAGUUUAUAAUUACCAUGGACGGUAUGCAACAAAGUACUUCUGCUAGCACAAGGACUUUUGGCUGUGCAACAUAACUUCUUCUUCCUUUCCUCUUCCCCAAGUCCCCAAAUCGGCUCUGGAAGGUUGGAGAAAACCCCAGAACAGAUUAGCUUAAAUAGUCAAAAAGAAACCAGGAUAAAUUCUUUGAACCAAAGUGGGGCUGACAAUUUGUACAUGAAUAUGCGGCAUUUCUUACCUGUUUUAAAGGUAUAAAAUGGAUGGCCGUACUUAAAAAGGAAGAGGAAACAACGACUUUGCAAAGAGGUGUAACUGGAAGCAGCCCACUCUUGCUUUGAAGGCUGGCAUGUGUUUGUUCUCCAGGAUUUAAAAACCUGCCCCUUUUUGGAAUUCUCCAGAUUGACUCUGCUGAGUGACUAUGUUAGGGCUAGACUUCAGAGCAUAGGACACAGUCGCCUGAACCUUCCCACCACCCAAAAAAUAAAUGCCAGAGGAGACCACAGUAGUGGACCCAGAGGGGGAUUGUCAUGAAACAGAUAUAUCAGGGCAGACACCAGUUACUCCACUAUUCCUUUUCUUUAAAAUGAAGCCAGGCAGGUGCCCUGCAUAGCACAAUACCUGCUGCUAAGGCUCCAGACAUGUUUGCCAUCUUAAUUUUCCCACAGUGCCCAGAACCUGACCCUGAAGGACUCUGUAGAAAUUACGAUGGUAUGCACACCUGGAGCCUCAGCACUAGACGUUUUUAUGGUGCAGGGUACCCACCUGACUCUAUCUACCUACCUACCUAUUUAAAAGGGACCUCUUCUAGCUUUUCUUUAGCAGCUUGGGGGUGUGGAGGAGAGGCGUAAGAGUGGAAGGACCAGGCAGUGAGGAAGGAGCAUCUAGGAUGCCCAGUAUAAUGGGGUGGGGAGAGAAGGUGGCAGUGAUGAAGCAGCCAGGGUGAUGAACAGCAAAGUAAGGAUACCCACAGUGGGGAAACAGAGUCCCCUUGCCCAUAGACCUCUUAAUCUGACAGGGUCACUGACUGUUGUUUUUCAAGUAAGACGGGAUAUGACAGAGGUUUGCAUUGUGUGGAGAAAGUGAUGAGAGAGCUUGUCUGCACUUCCACUUGUCCCGCUGCUUCCCUCUGGGAAAACUCACUGUUGAACACUGAAUCGGAACAAGCACCAAUUGGUUUUUCUGCAGAUAAUGAGAUUUGUUCCCAUUCAGCAGCAAAGAACAGGUUUUCCUGGGGAAAGUGGUGGGACACAUGAAAAACUGCCUGGAACUAUUCCUAUAAAGCACAGGACAAGUGGGAAACAUAUUGGACCUGGGCUUUCUAGGCACAGGAGAAGCAGAAGUGUGGAUGAGCCCGAGAGAGAUGUUUCCUUCUUUAGUCGAAAUACUAGAACUCAUGAUCAUCUAGUGAUCACGAAAGACAAAACGAAGUGCUUUUUUCACAUAGCUCAUAGGUAAGCUAUACCAUUCUCUCCCAUGUAUGGUGAAGGUCACCAGCUUGUUGUGGUUUGAAAAAGGAUUUGAACAUUCCUGGAGGAUUUGAAGCUAUCAGUGCUUAAUUUCUCCAGUACCAGAGGCAGCACACCUCUGAAUACCAGGAGAGAGAGAGAGAGAGAGAGAGAGAGAGAGAGAGAGAGCCCUGCUGUGCUUGGAUUCUGCUUGAAGGUUUCCCAUAGGCAUUUGGCUGGCUACUGUAAAGGCAGGAUGCUGUCUUUGGACUAAUCCAGAAAGUAACUUUUUAUGCCCCUUUGUUAGAGACAGAAUGCUAAGACGAGAGCGUGGCUGCUUUUAGUCAGUGGGCGGUCUCAUCUGAGUUAAUAAUGUGAAUGUUUGAAAACUUAUAAAAUUGAAACAAGAGAUCAGACCAAAGAAAUAAUUUUAUAAUUCCUGUAUAGCAGUACGGCUUCAAACAUUCGGGUCUGCAAAGAAAGAUUCAAGCAGUUAUGGUUCUUUUCAGCCAUGUGAAUCAAAGCUAUUUUUCUUUUCGGUGGAAAAUAGACUCCUCUUAGUAUUCAGUGUUGCUGUAUAUUAUAGGAAAUUGUAUUAAUCACUUUCCACUGUGAACAACCAAAUCAAAUUUGUGCAACCUGAUUCUUUCUCUCUGCUUGAUGCUGGGUAGGGUGCUUUUGUUUCUCUGGGUAGCUGAACGAAUGAAUGAAAAUUGGACAUAAUAACCAGAAAAAAGCUAACUAUUUGUCUAGGGUAUGGCUUAAUUAAUUAUUUGAUGAUGCAGCUUAGAAGGAUUGGCAUCUUAGCAUUAAAGGGCACCAGGGAUGGAUAAUGGAAUAUAAUCUUCAAAAAUUUUAAUGGAGGUGUGAUAUGAUCUCUUUGUAAGAACGGCUUAAUGAAAUUUUUAUAAACCCAGCUGUCCCUGCCUAGAACCAAAGAGGAAUUUUGCCAUUGUCUUGAGUUCCCUUUGGAGCAAAUAUUAUCUUCAUUUACAUUUAGUAGCUGCAUAAUAGUAAACUAUACAUAUAUAAAUGAAAGCAGAACACAACCCUGCAUUCUUUGUUGUUCUGUUCUCAGAACUUCAUGUAUAUAUUUUUAGAGCUGAAAGAAAGCUGCUUUAUCAUCUUACUCAGCACCACAACAUCCCUAUUUAUAGCAAAGAAUACCUUACUAAAGCUAUAAUGUUUGGUAUUCGCAGCACUGAAAUGAUCUGGAGCAGGUGCCUUAAGUUCGAACUUCUUCCUGUUGUUAUUUAGUCAUUUAGUCGUUUAGCCGUGUCUGACUCUUUGUGACCCCAUGGACCAGAGCACGCCAGGCACGCCUGUCUUCCACUGCCUCCCACAGUUUGGUCAAACUCAUGUUGGUAACUUCGAGAACACUGUCCAACCACCUCGUCCUCUGUCGUCCCCUUCUCCUUGUGCCCUCAAUCUUUCCCAGCAUCAGGGUCUUUUCCAGGGAGUCUUCUCUUCUCAUGUGGUGGCCAAAGUAUUGGAGUCUCAGCUUCAGGAUCUGUCCUUCCAGUGAGCACUUGGGGCUGAUUUCCUUCAGAAUGGAUAGGUUUGAUCUUUUUGCAGUCCAUGGGACUCUCAAGAGUCUCCUCCAGAACCACAAUUCAAAAGCAUUGAUUCUUCGGUGACCAGCCUUCACUUCUUACAAACAUGCAAAGAGAGAUACAAUGUCAUUGGAAAACAGCUGAGAGAGAAUGUCACUUUAGGCUUAGGUGGGAAAAACCUGAUUUUUUUUAAGGCUCUGAUAUACAACUACUGAAAACUAAUGGAUAAUCAUGGCAUAGAAUUAGAGAAUCCUAGAGUUGGAAGGAACCCCAAGAGUCAUCUAGGGCAAUCCUCUGCAAUGUAAGAAUCACAGAUAAAGAAUCCCUGACAAAUGGUCCCCCACCUCUGUUCAAAAACCUCCAAUGAAGGAGAUGUAGACUCUUGCACUGUCAAACAGCUCUUACUAUCAGAAAGUUCUUCCUUAUGUUUAGCUGGAAUCUCCUUUCCUGUAAUUUGAAUCCAUUGGUUCAGGUUCUACCCUCUGGAGCAGCAGAAAACAAGCUUGCCACCAUUCAUUGCAACAGCCCUUCACACAUUUGAAGAUAGCUAUCAUAUCACCUCUCAGUCUUAUCUUUUCCAGGUUAAUGUGCAUUUAUUUCCUAAUGCUAUGUUAAUUAAGCAGGCUUAGUUAAACAGAUCUGUGGAUAUAUUUCUGCUAGAAGAGAAGGGUAAUAUCUAUAUCUAGCUCCAAAAAUUGUGACAGCCAUUCCUAAAUUCAACCAUGCUUUCACAAAUCGAAGACUUGUUCUCCUGAACCUUGGAAGGGUUUUGGUCAUGGAUAUAUUGAACAAGCAGUGUGUAUUGUCUGUUUCUGAGCCGAAACAUUUGCAGUUUCACCACAUUUAAGCCUUUCAUGGCACACCAAAACACACAGACCCAAGAAUGGUUAUUUGUGUAUCAUUGUGUUUCUAUAAAAUCAAUGAUGUGAGACACAUGUGUGAACAUCCAGCACCAUGAGUGAAAGCAAUCAAUUGACAACAUUGAGGGCAUUUACACACAUCCCUAGCUGGCUGAAAUGUGAAUCACUGGAAGGUUUUCGUCAAAACUAGGGAGAUGGAGCUCAUAGAGCUAGACUUUGAUGUGUAAAUAUAGGACUCUUCAGCCUGUCCCUACCCCAGCCAGUGCCAGAAGAGAACACAGAGGGGGCAGAAGAUGAAGGGAAGCAGUGCAGAACAGAUCAGGGUGUCAGUAUCUAGCUUGGGCUGAUUUUGGUCGAACUGCAAGAUUCUUUUUCUAAAAAUAAAAAUUGGUCAGACAAGAGCAAAGCAACCAGUUGGCAUGGGAGUAGAUGGAAGAUCAGCCUCGGUGGUGAGUGCUGGUGGUUGGGGAGUGGCCAGGGCAAGGGACCCCCAGGGCCAUGAUGACUAAAUGUAAUGUAUGAAACUCAAUAGCAGUUUCUGACCAAUGAAUGAUUUGUUUUCUAAAUAAAUGUACCUCUCUGUUUCCCCAUGAUAUUGAUUCUACCAAGAUACUGAAUAGAUCCUUUUGUCCACAAGAUUUAUUUGUUUGUUUCUGAGAGUUUACAGUACUCCAUUAACUUGCCCAACAUGGUACAUACAAACACUCCUCAUCCUACUUUCAACGUUGCCUCAACAGGACUUCUUGACACUCAAAUGUUGGACUUUUCAUUGUCACUAAUGAAAAUACUGGUCAAAUUAAUGAUCUCCUCCUAACCUCAAAAAACAUUUUUGACUGACUGCUUUUCAUAAUUGAGAUGACCACUGAUGACAGACCAGGUGCAAACUUUGUCAUGAAAAUCUUAUCUUUGCUUUUGCUUUUUAUUUUGUUUGUUCAGCUCCUUUAUAACAUGUUUACAGAUUCUGACAGGUAACUCAAUGGUGAAAUACUCAAAUCUGUAUUUAUGGCACAUUAUUUCAGGCAUACAUUUGCUGUUGAAAAACAUCCCAGCACAUUUUAAAUUCUCUUUGAAAAAAAUGUUUUGUAUUAGAGGUGUCAGUUUGGCGGAUUUUCUUAAUAGCAUAAUUAGAAGGUGCAUUUAAAAAGAUCCAUCCUCUCUUCUCCUCACAACCCACGAGUUACUCUGUUAAUGUAUUGUUCAGGUUCAAAUCAGGAAACUUAUAUCUUGAUCCAGAAGCCUCCCAUUUUUUACAGCCAAUCACAAACAGACCCUUCCCCAGAAGGCCCCAGAACAGCAACCACCAAUCAUGGCAGCGACAGCCAAUCAACAGCAGUGGUUGCUGCAGAAGCCAAUCACCAACCCAAUUAGAGAAGCAGCAGCCAAUCCAAAGCAGCCCUUCUAGCAGCCAACAAUUGUCGCUGACAAGCUCCUGCUUGCAGCUGCAGCCAGUCACCCGUCCACCCCAUUCACUAUCCUUGUAUAAGACGAGGCACGUUUUUGAACACAAUUUUGGAGCAAAAAAACAUAGUCUUAUACAUGGAAAAGUAUGGUAUAUGGUUUACCAUCUUUCAGAGCAAAGCCCUCCCCAGGCUGCAUAAAACAUAUAGCAGGAGCAUGCAUACAGGAACAGCGUACUUCCAGAUGAUUUACAAUGCAGUAGAAUUCACUUGCAGUGCUUCCAACCCAGAUAAAAUAUCUUCCAUUUAUCCAUCCAUUCUACUGCGUCUAUCCACAAAGCUGUUGCCAGCACUUACCCUUCGUCUACUCAGGGCUCACCUCCCUCCUUGAAUCGUCAGAUGCCUUACUUAGUCCAUGAAAUUUUGUUUGAACAAUAAAAAAAAUUGUUCCAGAAGAAUAAUGUCUCGACCAUGAUACAAUAUAUAUAUUAGAAACAGUUGUUUAAACAAAGUGAAAUCAUUUUAAUUAACCUGCAAUUAAUUAAAACAGGAUUAGAUUAAUGUUACCAUUAUAAACACAUACCCUGAUACUUGCAACUUUGUUGGACAGUGUCCUAGAACUUAUCAUUAAAAUGUAUACCUUACCAAAUUUAAUUAAAAUGAGCACUUGCUUAUAUUGUUUUUGUUGGAGGCAUCAUGGUUUUUUUUUUAAUGUGCGUGUAUUUGUAGAAACAGGGCCAUAAGAUGCAGCUCAAACAACUGACAAGGUGGUUUUUCCUUGUUAGCAGCUAAAUUAGGUCUCAUGAGAUCACCCAAAUGAACUCACUAUUCAUGACCCGGUGUCAGGUGACACAUUCAGCAGAUUCUGAAAUCCUCUUGACAUUGUUCCCCUGGGCGUAACUUCCUAAGCAGCAACAUGAACAUGGCUAUUAUGUUUUGUGUAUACUAUCACAAUGGCUGUGAAGGCAAGAUUCCACACAUUAACGCCUUGUUUUUCUUUUGGGUUUGAUAUGCAAAGCUCUAGUUAUGUCUGAGCACAUCUGCUUCCUAACUGUGAAACUUAAACUUCUAGAUGGUACCAACUUUACUGUAGAAUCUGAAUGCCCAUGAAAAUUUACAUUUUUUAUUUCUUGUAUGUGCCUUCCUUCAUUUUAUAACCUGCCCACAUGCCUAUUGCAUGGGGGCAUAUUGAUACCUGUAUUAGUCCAGAAGGGAUUAACAAAAUAGAGUUAAUGCUAAUGGAGUUGCCCUAUUGACAAAUUUAAAAAGCUUAAUCCUAACAUGGAGUUGCAUCUUGAUAAUGCUCAUAUGUUGCAUGAGAAGGGCUGUAGCAUCUAGCUUUGCCCUUGUAGCAAGAAACUAAAACAGUGACACCCCCCCCCCCGAAUAUUCUCCUUGUCAAUGGUAGUUGCUGAGUAGGGCAGCGAUACAUAUAACACUUGAUGACAAUGUGUCCCAUGGUGACAUCUUAUAGGUUAUAUUUCCAUAUUGAUGCCAGCUAGAGUGGGUAAUGGGUAAAGGUAAAUGCACCCCUGACCGUUAGGUCCAGUCGCAGAUGACUCUAGGGUUGCGGCGCUCAUCUCGCUUUAUUGGCCGAGGGAGCCGGCAUACAGCUUCUGGGUCAUGUAGCCACCAUGACUAAGCCGCUUCUGGCAAACCAGAGCAGCACAUGAAAACGCCGUUUACCUUCCCGCCAGACUGGUAUCUAUUUAUCUACUUGCGUUUUGACAUGCUUUCGAACUGCUAGGUUGGCAGGAGAAGGGACUGAGAAACGGGAGCUCACCCCGUCGCGGGGAUUUGAACCGCUGACCUUCUGAUUGGCAAGGCUCUGUGGUUUAUAUAUGUAAUGCAAAUUGAAGAACGGGGGUGGGGUGGGCAUUCAUGAGGCACAAUUCUGGCUCCUAAUGUAUUCAUUUCAGUUUACUUUGCAUGGGGUAUUGUUGUUGUCCUCGGAAAGGAACGAUGGCAGCUUGUAUUUUUCACAACCGAGAGAGCGCAACAAAGCCCUCCAAAGUCAGUUGAAUGAUUCUUACCCCUGCCCUGCAAAAGGGAAGUGAUGUUUCAAUAAUUUUAUGGAAAGCAGAAUCCCCCAGUGAAGGGUGUGGGAGGACAAGGAUGAUGCAUGUUUACCCUGCUUUUAUUUUGUAGCUUGGCAUUCAGAGGAUCCCUUCUUUAGGAGCCCCGGAAAGAAUGUCAAAAGGCUGAUUCUGCUUCCCUUGAGAUAAGUGUGAACUAUUUUCGACAGCCAAAACUAGAGCAACAGCUUGAAGAAGCAACGACUUAAGCUACUCAAGAGAACUUUGAAUAUAAAUGAAUGUGACACACUUUUUAAUGUCAAUUGGAAGGGGAGUUGUUUUCACAGCAUAUUGUUCUUGCUUUGGAAUGCCAGGAUAAAUUAAUGACAUUAAAUUCCAAAUCUUUGAACCUGACAGAGAUAAAGAAACAAAUGGUUAGGGAAUGAAAACAGGACUUACAAAAGCUUUCAAAUAUCUGCACUGGGGUGGUCUGGCCCAGGAAAGCCAGAUACAUCGUUUUGCAACUGGUUUCCCCUCCCACCACUCAUCAAAUGCGAAGCUGCAUUGUUGAGUGGCUUGAGUGAGGAGGAAAUGUGUGUGUAACUCAUUUUCUUGCCAGGUAUUAUCUACUCAAAAGCACCUGCCACCUGCUAUUCUCUCUAGGUUGUUUUUUUAAAUGUUUUCUCCUGCACCAGUGGUGGGGCACUUUUGAGCUGACAUGGAAAUGGUUAAACAUGCCCCCUUCUUCUCAGCAGUCACUUCCACUACAGGUUUUCCGCUAAACCCCAAACUACUUAUAGUUGUUUUGCCUUAAAAAAGCAAAGCAUUGGAGAAAUAAUAAAAAUAAAAAUAUCACACAGCAGUUGCUAGAUGUAAUGUGCUGGCCCUCAGAAGUGGCUAUUACCAGAUUGUCCUGAGAAAAGUAUACUUGUGCUUCAGACCUUAUACAGUCAUACCUCAUGUUACAUUUGCUUCAUGUUACGUUCUUUCAGGUUACGUCCCGCGGAGACCCGGAAGUACCGGAAAGGGUUACUUCCGGGUUUCACCGCUCACGCAUGCGCAGAAGCGCAAAAUGACACCACGCACAUGUGCAGAAGCAGUGAAUUGCAACCCGUGCAUGCGCAGACGCGCUGCUGCAGGUUGCACUCUUUUCAUGUUGCGAACGGGCCUCCUGAACGGAUCCCGUUUGCAACCAGAGGUACCACUGUACAUAUUUAAAGCAUGUGGGGCAGAGCAAGCUUAAAUAGCCUGUCACCACUUCUCCCCAUUGGGCAAAAUCGUCCUCAGGUCAUCACAUUCUCCUCUAAGGAGAUACCAUCUCUCCUCUUCCUGCAGGGGUGGAGGGGUAUGGCAACUUUGUCUCUCCAAAAUGGUGAGAAUGGCAUUAUACUGAGUCAGAGAGCAGGUUCAGCUAGCUCCUGGGUUUCAGACAAGGGACAUUCUCACCUGGAGAUGCCAGGGGCUGAACCUGGGGACUUUGGCAUACAAAACAGAUGCUCUACCGCUGAGCUACAGCCCUUCCCUUUUUGUUAAAAAGCCCAAGUCACCGGGCUGGUUUAAACAGCAUGCUCAAAGUCAUUGAGGUUGAGGGAAAUGACUGUUUGGCCAUGUUGAAUGGAGAGUUGUAUCCACUGCAUUGUGAUUUUGCAUCCUUUCAUAGGCUGAAUGAUCUUGAUCUUGUAAUAAGGAACAUUAUUGACUUUACACAGUGUUUGUUUGUUUGUUAAAAGAAGGUUGUACCAAGGGGCAGGCAGAAGAUUGAUCCGAGCUUCACUGGGAGAUCUCUGGCAGGUUUGCAGUACAUCCAUGAGGGUUUCUGACACUGAAUUGUAUAAGAAUGACAACAACAAAAUGGCUUUCCCCCACCUAAAUUAAGUUGCUGAAAGUAAGAAAGCUAGCAAAGUGUGGACUUAUGUGUGAAGGAACUGUGCACUCAGUUCAGUUCUGGUACUGGAAACAAAUUCAUAAUGUGCUCAGAGGCACCCUGUUGUUUAAUUUUAAGUAUAGUUUGUGGUUAGUUUCUUUAAGAGACAUGUCUCUAGUAUGUAAUAGAAACCCCUCUCUCCUCUCUGGCUGUUGCUCCCUCUGUAGCUGAGUGGGAAUUCAUUGGAACUUUAGUCUUACCUAUGUAGCAAGUCCUAACUGCUAUGCUGUUCUGUUGUCCAUAAAGAACUGCUGCUGAACUUCUCCAGCUUCCUAGCAUUAGGGCAGACUCAUUGCAAGGUUUCUUCACAUGGUGAGUACCCUUUCCCAAAGCCAUGCGAUACUACACACUUGGGAAUCAGCCUCCAAAUUAUAUAAUAUAUAUUUUGAUUGUUUAGAAGCUGCAGAAGCUAUCCCAAACAGGCACCGGUCAUUCCUAACAGAAGUUGCACUGGAAGAUUGUUGAUUUAAAGCAGAGUCUUGUGCCCAGCGGAAGGAUGAGGAAUACGUGCUACAUACUCUAUAUUGCUUUAUUUACAGUUCAAAGCUGGUAUAUUACAGAAAGACAUCUUGCCUCUGCAGGAGCAGAAAAUGCAUCCUCUCUCCUCGACAGCUCGGAGAGAAUCACACAGUGAAAAACAGGAAACCAGUGUACGUCACAUCCAGUCUCCCUUCCCGUGAGAAACUCCAACAGUACAGACUGUGGAAUGUAAACACCUGUCUCGUGACAAGCAGAGCUGCACAGGGAAAGAAAGCAGAAACCAACAUCCUCCCCUUUCUGUGAACAUCACUGGGCAGCGUGUUUGCACAAUAUCAGUACAAACCCAACUUCUGCACAUAGGUACAGUGUUGAUCCCUUGAUACAAUCUUGGACAAUACAUCAGCAGGAAUUUCAUUACCUGGCAUAUAGGACACUGUUACGAGUCCUUUCUGAAUACAUUCCCUAGCAUGCUGCAACUUUAAUUGCAAGUGCUUUGUGCUUUGCUUACAACCUUCAGACUUCAGCAAAGCCAAACAUGCUUUGUUGUCCUGGUAAACCUGGAUUGGACAUUUGACAGGAAUUUUCAUAUCUUUGCACAAUUGUACUAACCAUUCACAAUCCUUAAGUGAAUAAGACAGUGCAUUCAGUUCAGCUUCACAAGUACUUAAGCUAACUGUUGUUUGCUUCUUGCAUGACCAAUCAAACAGACUCUGAUUGUACAUGUAGCAAACUCCAGACGUACUUUUCCUGUCUGUAGUGUCACUUCCAAAACUUGCAUCUGCAAAUAUCUCAAGACCACCAGACUUCUGAUUGUUAAAUCUCAGUCUGUAAUGCAUAGUGCCUUUCAAAUACCGCGCUAUGCGUUUCAGAGCUUUCCAAUCCUUGACACUAGGAUUGUUGACUUGUCUGCUUAGCAAAUUACAGCUAACAGCAAUGUCUGGUCUUGAACAUCUGGCAAUGAAGUUUAGCUUGCCUAGCACACUCCUGUACAGUGUAGUGUCAGAAAAUGCUUCUUCAGUGUCAUCUACCUGAUAACCUGUUGUCAUCGGUGUGUUUACAGGGUUAGCAUCCAUCAGAUUUAGUUUGCUUAACACAUCAGCAAUUUUCCGUGACUGGUGUACUAGAAUGUUACCAUCUUGAUCUCUCUAUUUCCAGAGAUAGGUAGUUGUUUACCUCACCAAGAUCUUUCAUGUCAAAGUGCUCUUUCAGUUGAGCUAGGGCGCUAUUGUACAUUGCAACAUCUUUCCAAAAGAAUAAUAAAUCAUCAACAUAAAACAAACAGUACAGUUUCUUUGCCCCUCCUCUUUGACAAAUACACAUGGAUCAGCUUUCCCUUGCUGAAAACCUAGAGAAAACAAUACUUCAGUGAGUUUUGUGUGCCAACACCGUGCACUUUGUUUGAGACCAUAAAGGGAUUUCUUCAGAGCACAAACAAAUCCCUGUUUUACCUGUACGCCAUCAGGUGGAAGCAUAUAAAGUGAUUCAUCUAGAGAUUCGUACAGAAAAGCUGUAUUAAUAUCAUGGUGACUAAUGUGUAGAUUUUCCUCUGCAGCUAGCUUGAGCAUAAGCCUAAUGCUUUCAUAUCUCACUGUGGGUGAAUAGGUCUCGUGAUAGUCUUGACCUGGUACCUGUGCAAAACCUCUGGCUACCAAUCUGGCUUUGUGUCUGACUAUCUUGCCAUUUUGAUCUGUCUUCGCUUUGAAGACCCAUUUGCUUCCAAGCAGUUUCAUUCCUGGAACUACUGGAACUAGCUCCCAUGUUUUGUUCCUUUCUAAGGAAUCAAGCUCAGCCUUCAUGGCAUUUAACCAUGGCUCAGCUUCCUUUGAAUCCAAACCCUGGAUUUCUUGGAAACUUGAAGGUUCAAAUACCUUCUUGGAGCUUUUAACAGCUGUUACUGCUAUCGUAGCAAACUCAUCAGCAAAUCUCUUUGGAGGUUUGCCUUUUGUGGCUCUCUGUGACCUACGAAUUAGCCUUAAGUCUUCAACACUCUCCUCUUCCUUCUUAGGAGAAAAACGACCUAUUGUGAACAAUGGUUCCUCCAAUUCUUGAUCAGAGCUUUCAGAGGGUCGCAUAGAGGCUUUCGCACUCUUGAAAUCCUCUGAAUCACCCGAUUCAGUUUCAGACUCAGAACCUUCAUCAGUGGGUGUGGGCUGUUGUGGUUGCUUUUGACUAUCCUCAGUCUCAUCACCGUCAUCAGGAUAACAUUGGAAAAUUCCCACAUUCUCCCCCCACUUUGCAUUGUACUCAACACUUCUCGUGAGCUUAAUUGUCUUAGAGUCAGUCAUCAUUAUUCUGUAAGACCCUUUCUGAUAACCUAGAAAGAUACCAUGCAAUCCACGCUUGUCUAACUUGGAGUUUUGUGGUGAGCGAACCCACAUGUCAGAACCAAAAUCUUCAUGUGUUUGAUGUAUGGCUUCUUGCCAAACAUCUUCUCAUAGGGGGUACAACCAAUCGCUGAAGAUAACCUGCGAUUGUAACUGUAAACAAAACACGAGAGAGAUUCGGCCCAAUAACUCUCUGGAAGAUUGGCAUCAUGCAGCAAGGUUUUUAAUCCUUGAAGCAAUGUUUGAUUUGCCUGUUCCGCAAGUCCAUUCUGCCAUGGCGAGCGAGGACUAGACAAAUCGUGUUGAAUUCCUUUCUCAGUCAGAAAAGCUUCAAACUGCUGAGAAGUGAAUUCCCCGCGAUCACUGAAAAGAGUCUUUAUCUUCUUACCAUGCACAUUUUCUAACCAAGCACAGAAUUCCUUGAACCUAGGAAAAGCCUCCGAUUUCUGCUUGAGAUUGUACACAAAAAUAUAUCUAGAAAAUGCAUCAAUGAGAACCAUGAAGUAUCUAUUUCCACCCAAAGAGGGCGCUAGUGGUCCAACCAAAUCAGCAUGAACAACCUGGUAUGGUUCUGUAGCUUUCCUACUAGACACCUUACCUUCGCAGCCAUUUUCACCUUGUUUGCUGCGCAUGCUUUGCACUUCAUGUGGUACCUGCAGGGUUUAAUAGUCAUACCUUCAACCAAGGCAGGCAUUUUAGAUACUGCCUCAAAAUGCAAAUGACCAAAUUUUCGAUGAAAAUCGUGAAUACAUUCUGCAUGCAAACUUUUGUUAGAACCUGCAAUGCAACAAGUGUCAUCCUGCACCACAUCAUCAUAAUACAAAACAAACAAACGAUCAACAUAUUCUGCAUGCAAUACAUAAUCAUUUUUCUUUGUGAUGAUGCACUUCUUGUUCUUGAAGGAAACGUCAAUGUUCCGCUCAUUCAGCUGUCCAACGCUGAGCAGAUUAUGUUUGGCGUCUGGCACGUAAAGCACAUUCUGUAUCGAUAAGUCCAAACUGUGAAGAACAACAGUUCCGUAGCCUUUACUGGGAAUAGUGUGGUCAUCCGCCUGGUGAAUCGCACCUUCCUGCGGUGUAAAAGACACAAACAGUUUCUUAUCGUUGCACAUGUGGUGGGUGGCCGCUGAAUCAACAACGAAGAAAGAUCUAGACGUCUUCUGGACCUCUGCAACCUUUGGAGUGAAGCGUGAAACCAUAGCCUUGUGCUGCGUUGUCCUAGACACCGGACCUUUGCCUUUGCCUCGGCCUUUUCCGCGCGAUGAGCUUUCGCUGCGCUGCUCUGUCUUGGCCCUGGGAUGUCUGCAUUCCCUCUUCAUAUGGCCUAGACGUCCACACGAGUAGCAUUUCACUGCCUUCAAAGCUUUGGCGCCAUCUGGUGGUUCCACUGCACUAUGGGAUGACGUCUGUGAAGACUCCCUUGCCCAUGCAGCUAGCACCCGGCGAUCUGCUUCAUUUAAAAUCACGGCAGUAACAAAGUCCACUGUCAGCUGAGCAGUUGGUUGCACAGCAAUCUGGGUUGCAACAGACUCCCAACCUGAACCCAAAGAUUGUAGUAUCAUGAAAGAAUACACAGCCUCUGGAAAGUUGAGUCCUCUCUGUUGCAGCUCAUGUCUCAGAUUUUGCAUCUGCAUCAGAUGUAAACGCACAUCUCCACCUUCAGCAAGAGCCAUAUUAUGCAGCUUGUUAAAGUAAAACAUGGUGGAUCCAGCUUCUGUCCUUAAGUGAGCCUCUCUCAAAGCGUCCCAAAUUUCUCUGGCUGAGGUCUUAUCACGCAAUAGACAGAGCUCUUCUGGGGAUACUAUCAAUGUAAGAGUUCCCUUGCUUUGGAAUCCUUAGCUUCCCAUGCAUCUGUAACUGGAACUGGGGGUUUCCUGUAAACACCUCAAAAAAACACUCUUUCAGCAGAAUUUCCUCUGCAUACUGAACCCAGUCGCUGUAAUUUUUCUUGUUGAGCUUAGGAAUCCCACAAGCAUCCUGAAGGGCCAUCAUGACUCUGGCAUUAGCCUUCAGCGUCAUAUAUAUGCUGCUUUAAUUCUUGCUGCGUCACUGCUGCAGCUGCCUUAUUACAAAGGCGCACUUAAAAGUUACUUCCGAUUUCCCCAGCAUAGUGACUUGUGCCUGGGAGCCUUUUGCCUAUUCCCGGCAAAACCGGCUUUAAAAGUUCAAAGUCCAGCCAUAAAGCCAUUAACUUGAAGCUGGCAGGCUGCCCGGAGCAGUAGCACAUACCUCAUCAAUCACUUCUACGCGCAGAGCAGAUUCCUUUCCGAUCCGUCCCUCUGCAUUCCGAUCCUUUGCCGGCACUCCGAUUCGACCUCUGGAGCCCAUAACCACGUGUUGAUUUAAAGCAGAGUCUUGUGCCCAGCGGAAGGAUGAGGAAUACGUGCUACAUACUCUAUAUUGCUUUAUUUACAGUUCAAAGCUGGUAUAUUACAGAAAGACAUCUUGCCUCUGCAGGAGCAGAGGAUGCAUCCUCUCUCCUCGACAGCUCGGAGAGAAUCACACAGUGAAAAACAGGAAACCAGUGUACGUCACAUCCAGUCUCCCUUUCCCGUGAGAAACUCCAACAGUACAGACUGUGGAAUGUAAACACCUGUCUCGUGACAAGCAGAGCUGCACAGUGAAAGAAAGCAGAAACCAACAAAGAUUACCUGAGAAAUGAUGUUAGGCAUUGUUCUUCACUUUAGCUGAGGCACUACAAAUACUUGUGCAGCAAUAGCUAAUGCCAGUAUAUAAGUUUUAGCUACCUGGAGGAAAUUCUGCUGAAGAAGCAUAAUGGAAACUCCCUUUCCCUUUCUUUUCCCUUUCCUAUUAUUUUACCAAGUCUUGCUAUAAAAAUAACAUUAAAAAAAAGAUCAAAAUAAGUUUGAAUGAUUACCCUCGCCCACUUCUGCUACAAUACAAAAAACAAAACAAAAACAACUCACUCCAUUUCUACCAAAUACAAAGUCCAUUGACAGUGUCUGUCUAUCCCAGUUAUUCAUUUUUAAAUAUGGUUCAUUUCAUACCAGAGUCCCUUCGCUCUUCUGCGACACUGCUUUUCUGAAGUUAGUUGGAAGCACAAUGAAAGCAGAGGUUACACAGGAAACUUUUAAUUAAUGGAGGCUGGGAUCCAACAGCCAUGCUUGAGGGUGAGGCUGGGAUCAAAGGAUGCAUGGCCUCUUUCUUAUGCUUUCCUCACUGAGCUGCCUUCCAAGGCUGGGCUCAGUCUAGCCUUGCAAAGCGGCUCAGGAUUGGUGUUGCGCUGGUGGCAUUGGUGGUGAGGGCUGGGCUGGCACAUGGCAGACUCUGUUUGCCCUCCACAGCCCGUGCCCUGCCUCCCCGGUGCACAAGCGCCCAAGGCAGCAUGAGAACACACAACACCACUGCCAAACACUCCAUGAGAAUGUGGCCUGUGAGUUGAUCGUGUGUCUUAGUUGCGUCAACAGAAUUUUAUGGGCAAUUUUUAUUCUGCUCAUGUUACAGUUUCCAGUGUGUUUAUCUUUUAUUUUUUUCUUCCUUAUAAUUUCCUUUCAAGAAUUUUAAUUACUUUUGCAUAAUGAGAGUUUGGAAAGUUCUGCUGAGAGUUACACAUGACUCUAAAACAGAUUAUAGAUAAAAAAAGAGGUAUGUACAUAGACAAAUCCACAUGCUUCAAUGUCAGUGUGAAAAGUAAUCAUUCUGGCUUUGUUUAUAUAAGAAUGUAAGAAGACAUACCUCCCGACAUUUCUCCGAAGAAAAUAAUGAUAAUUUUACUAUUUAUACCUCACACAUCUUACUGUGUAACCUCGGCCAUUCUGGGCGCCUUCCAACAUACAUAAAAACAUAAUUUAACAUUAAAAAACUUCCCUAUACAGGAUUGCCUUUGGAUGGCCCAGGGGUCAGAUAACUCCAUACCCUCCAACAUUUCUCCAGUGAAAAUAGGGGCACCCUAAGGAAAAGUGGGACAUUCCGGGAUCAAAUAAAAACCAGGAUGACUUCUCUAAAUCAGGGACAUCCCUAGAAAAUAGGGACACUUGGAGGGUCUGAGAAGAAGCUGCUGGAGCAGGCCUGUGGCCUAUUUAGUCCAUCAUCCUGUUCUCACAGUAGCCAACUGAACGCCUGUAUUAUAAAAUACAAGAAAACAACGCCACACUUGCUCAGUGUUCUGUUUUUUGGUUGCUGUUUUUUGUUUUUUUUAACAAAUGAACUCUUCCAAAGUGUGUGUUAGCAAAAGCCCUGUGCAAAGUUGAGGGAGAAUGGAGAGAAAUGCAGUGCUGUUACGAAAUGAGUUGUGUUUGGGGAAUCACAAAAGAAGCCUAAACACCUUUUAUGGUAGUAAUUUGCAGAAAAUGGUUGAACGAAAGAAUGUUAUGAAAACAUGCUCUAUUUCAUUUGUUUUAUUUAGAAACCAAGUUUGUGUUUUAAGUGAUUUUAUUUACAAGUGAAUAUUGUCAAGUUCUGAUUACUGUGGUACCUUGGUUUACGAAUUUAAUCCAUUCCGGAAGUCCGUUCUUAAACCAAAGCAUUCUUAAACCAAGGUGUGCUUUCCCAUAGCAGUGGGGGACUCAAUUUACAAAUUGAACACACUCAACAGGAAGCGAAACAUGUUCUCAUUCCAAGGCAAAGUUCACAAACCAAAACACCUACUUCUGGAUUUGCAGCGUUCUUAAUCCAAGUUGUUCAUAAACUAAACUGUUCUUAAACCAAGGUACCACUGUAGUUCACUCUGUUAAUGAAUGACUAUUAUUCAGGAUUACUCCUGGAUGUAUAUGAGAUACAGAGUGAGUGAGUGGGUAAGAGACAGACAGACAAAGAGAGAGACUGGGCACAUUUUUCAGAUUUAAAUAUUUCACAACCUAUGGCGUAUUGAUUAGUUUUCUCCACAAUAUGACAGUAUGGAAAUUUUCUCUUCAUGAUUAUGCAAACCACCAAAAUACCCAUAAUUAAUUUAACACUUCCAGAUUUUUACUGCAAUCCACAUGCCUUUCAAUAUGCAAAUACUACAGGCAUUUAAGAUUCUAAUGUGAAAAGCAAUGAUUAAACCACUGCCACAUGCAUUCCUGCUAGCCAUGUUAGGUAAAAUUGAGGACUGCCUCUAAUGUUAUGUUGAAAAUACACGGUUGUACUCUUGGGAGAGGCAGUCAUAUUUAUGACAAUGUAAUGUCUGACUGAUAAUAGAAUAGAUUGUAGAUAAUAGUAGAGUAGAUUGCAGAGUAACUCUGGAGGUCUUGUGUGUCCUCUCCAAAAGAAGUGUGCAUUAUUGUUCAAGCAUGACAUUGCCACAGACGUUUAGGAAUAUGAGACACUUGAGAAUAAUCUUUUGUAAGUAAUGUUUAAAGGCACUGGUAAAUGUAUUGGAAUAAAGUAAACAUUAGAAAACUACUGUGGCUGAUUUUCAACAAGUAGCAGUAGCAUACUACUCAAGAGAGUUUUUUAACACUCCUACACAUUUUCAGCUUUAGUUUGUCAGUGUAGACGGCCACUUAAGCUCAAACAGUGUGUGCUUCAUGAACUAUUUCAUCCAUGGCUCUGUAAAAUGUCAUGAGAUUCUGGACAACUUAUAUCUGUUUUGCUACUAUAUUCAUUUGGGGAAAGGUUUUCUUUAUGUUAAGAUGGUAAAUUCCAGUCACAAAGAUGUGCGUAUCAUAAUAUUUUGUAAGCAGUUAAUUAGUUAUUGCAGCCAACAGAUCUUUGGACCAUGUCUCGGCACUAUUAAUACCAUAGGUAUCAACAUUAUAUUUAUUGUAAUUUGGAACUGAUGUAGAAUAUAUUGUAUAGAAGAGAUAAGCAAAGUUUCUACUCAUUUGAAGGGAAUGUUGCUUGCAGGGAGCAGCAUAUCCAUUUGGCUAUUAAGCUGCAGUCACAUUGGGACUGGCCUAAGCAACACCUCCACUCAAUGAUAACAGAAUUAACUUGUGAGUUACAAACUGAAUGAUCCUUCCUGUUGCAGUUCCCACAGUAUCCAGUUGCUGAUGGGAGACUCUUUGAUCCAAUGGAGCGAUCUGUCAGUGGAACAGGGUUCAAGAAGGCCUUUAGUGAGUGAGUCUCCCUCCUACACUAUGCCCACCUGCUCUGGAGGUGAUGGGGGAAGGAGUUGCUAAAGGUUCCCUCACUCCUCCUUUCACUAACAGAAGGCUCUGCUGGAUCAAAGAGCUUUCCAUCAGAGGGUGGGACACCAAUUGGAUAACCCAGCAAAUCUUAACUACAUCUGAAUGUAUAUGUUUCUAUUUGCUUUAUUGCAUACUAUUGAAUUUAUUUUUUAUUGUGCCACAAAUUUUUAUUUGCUUACACAUGUAUUUUACAUGCUUUCUCUUAUGACCUAUGGUCAAGACAGUGAAACUUCUUUUCUCUCAGUAGUACCAGUUAUUUUUAGCCUCAGCUACAACUUUGACCCCCCCCCCAAAAAAAAACCCUCCUGUGGAGACCAGGUGGAGAAUUGCUGUUAUUGACGCACCAUGGCUGCUGUACUGGCGCCAACCCAUUUCCCUGACUUCAGCAAUGAAUGUAGCAUGAAUAGUGUUUGUAGCCAUCUCUUGUGCUGUGUGCUUCUAGUUCAGAAGUGACACAGACAGGACUCCCUAUGAGAAGAGAGGGUGAUGCUGUGGAGAUAUAAAAGUGGAAGAGGCCAAGGAUACAUGAAAGGUCAAGGUAAGCUUCCCUCUUCUGUUUAGGAUGGGAGGGGACACAAUUCUGCUAGAGCUAGGGAUCUGGCAAUGCCAGCAAUUGAAUUGCUACUGUUUCUUAGUGCUUUAAAAUUACAGGUAUUUUGUAUCUUUAGAUGAGUGGCCACAGUUAGCUUUGUAUUAGACAUAAGGGGUUGUAAAUUGUGUCCAGCUCUUGUCCUCUUCCACCCAAAGUUACACCAUUGAUAUCAGUGGGUCGACUUAUUUCUAGAAUAUAUGCUUAGCAUAGAUACUAAAUCAGUAAAUGAUCUGGGAAGCUCCUAUGCUGUUAGGAAGGUGUGUGGAUUUCUGUCACACACACUCAUCUUUGAAAUAAUCAUCUUCAUAUAUACAAUGGUACCUCAGAAGUCCGUUUGACUUCCAAAAUGUUCAGAAACCAAGGUGUGGCUUCUGAUUGGCUGCAGGGAGCUCCUGCAGCCAAUUGGAAGCUGUGUCGGACAUUCAGGUUCCAAAGAACAUUCACAAACUGGAACACUCACUUUUGGGUUUGUGGCGUUUGGGAGCCAAAACAUUUGACUAGCAAGCCAUUUGAGAUCCAACGGUAUAUAUAUUUUUAAUAAUGAUCUGUAGCCCCAAAAUGCUGCUUCAAGUAAAUGCCUUCCAGACUCUAUCAAAUAAAUGCAUAGUAGAGUAAGAAACUUUGUUUCCUUUUAUCAGGUGAGCUUCUCCUGGCCCAGCGAGUUGCAUUGAUCAUUUCCACAGGAGGCCCCAAUUUAAUGGCUCGACAGAAUAAACUCCCUGCCGAUUGUGUAUUUCUAGGGCUUCCUCUGGUUCCUGCUGACAUUAAUGGGGCAAUUUCCACUGGCCCAUAUUCAAGAGACAUUUGAAGGUGUAAAGAUGCCUUCAUGUAUGAGGAAGCAUCACUUAUGCUCCUGUUUAGGUGAAUUUGGGCAAAGGCCCUUGACUUCAGUUAAAGGAACAAGAAUGAGCAUUUGUAAAAGCAUUUUCUGAUGGGAUAUGAUAGGUGCAUCUGCUGUUAUCUCAGUUACUGAAACUAUUAAGUUUAAUAGGAACUCUACGAGCUGCACACCUGAUGUGUUUGUGCACUUUUGAUGGACAGGGAGCCAGUAUUUCAGAAUACCUUUGUAUGUUGAAAGGCAUCUGAAUUGAGAAUCACUAUUUAUUUCUCUACUACAUUGUUUUAGUAGCUGUGAAAGGAAGCAAUAAAUACAACCAAAGAAAGGAGAAUCUCAGAUAAUUGAAUUGGUUUGAGGAAUGCUUUUAAUUACCCCCUUUUAAUUUAAGAAUACUUUUAAAAAAAAACUUUAAAAGGCUUAGCAGAGAAUAACUCAGUAUAUGUUAAAGAAAUUAAAGAAAACAGAGUGAAGCCUGAUGGGAGCCUAUUCUUAUUUAAAAUGUGAAUCCUCUAUUUUUAGUUUAUCUUUUCUUAAUUAGAAUGGAUUUAUUGCCAGAAUAGUUCUCCAAAGCAGUGAAAUCAACAGAAUAUUCUGCAAAGGUUAAAAUAAUUGUAUUAAGGACUAAUGAUCUGAAGAUGGCAGUAUUGGGCGAGAUACUUCAUUCUUUAUCCUAACAAAAGCUUUGUGAAUCAGAAUCUACCAUAGAUGCUGCAUACAGGAAAUAAAUUACAUUUGCAGUAGCUUUUUCUUAUUAUUCAUAUGAAGAGUUGUUCUAAAUAUACGGUAUUGAUAAAAAUUAGAACUUGGCAGAUACAAAUUACAUUUUACCAUCUGGACAUUUUAUCUUUAGUUUAUCUAUAUAUAUAUAUAUUCUCAAAACUCAGGCUUUUCAAAGACUGUUAUCCCUUAUAAAAUGAAAAUGAGUUAUUUUGGCAUGUAUAUACGGUGAUGGAAUACAUCCCUUUUAAAACACUAAUUCCACUAGUUCUCUGUUAUCGGCAACCUUACGCAUAAGCAUAAGUGAAUUAAAUUCUAGAGCAUCUUUGGCAGACAGGUAAAUAAUACCCCAUUUCUACAAAUGAAUAGAUGUGACAAGAAGAUUGCAAACUAUUCCACACAAUGGCUUGGAUCUUAACUAGGCAUCCACAAAGAGAAGGGCUUCUACUGUUCACAAAGAGAACUGGGAUCACUAGGAUCCUGCUAACAGAACUGGGGGAGGUAUUUGCCAAUUCUCUUUUCUCCUGGCUCCUGCACGGCCUCUUGUGUUGUUCCAGAGGGUCCCCUAACUCUCCAGAGAAGAUUUUCAAAGGGCAGAAGAGGUGAAAGGGGAAAUUGAUGGAAGUUGCUUCCACUGCUGGGAGCAUACUAAUGCUAGAUGAAGCCUAGGUAGGACCCAUGCCCAUGUUAUUUCUAGAUCCUUUAUAAUCUAUAAAAUGAGGGAGGGGGCUAGUCAAAAUGAAAGGAGGAGAAAAUGCUGUCACCUACCUUAGUUACCUUGGCUGCUGGCAUUAAACCUGAGAUGGCUUAGAUCAGGAGUAGUCAACAUUUUGCAUUCCAGAUGUUCUUGAACCGCAGUUCCCAUUAUUCUUGGCCAUUGGUUUUGCUGUUGUGUAUUGUCAUUGUACAACAUCUAGAGGGCUCAACACUGGCUAUUCCUGGCUUAGAUUGCAUUCUCUCUGCAACAGAAAUAGUGACAUCAGAUAGAACAGGAAUUAACACCAUGACUAUACAACCAUGUAUCCCUCUCCAGAAAUAUGCCAUUAUUCAUUAGCCUGUGCUAAUUUGUUUGUCUCCCUGUGUUUAUAGAUGACUUAAUCACACAGAGUCAAAACACACGCUCCCUGUACCUCCAGAUGCUAAGAUGUGUGCAAUGGCCAUUGUCCCCGAUGACAACCACUCCCUUUCAUUUUUAAAUUUAUUUUUGGCCAAGCACAUACAAGCUGAAUUUGCACCAGUUAAAGGAGUGUAAAUUGUGAGUCAACUGUAUUCAGAGUAAUAUGAGUAAUUCAUAUAUCUUGAAAACCACAGGAGAUAAAGGCCAUGAUCUAUGGAGAAUGUGGAACUAGCUCUGUGGGCCUGAGGGACUUUUUAGAUUUGUUUUCCUCAAACAGCAGCUCCCGAUGCCUCAUGGCAAACUGAUAGAAGCAUUCUAAAAAGCACUUUCUGAUAAGCAAUGGAAGUCAGCUGUUCCAUAAAAAGUCCAUUAUUCCACUUGGCUAGUGCAAGUCCCGUACGUGUGCUUUAAAUGGCUUUUGGGAUCCCUGCCAACAGUGGAUCACAUGGAGAAGGUGGUUAAAAUCAACAGCAAAACAGCCUUGCAACCUUGUGUUUCUUUCUAAUGUACUGCAGAAACACCACCUGGUGGUAAUCAUACUAUACUAUCAGGCUAACUUUCAGAUUAUGUGCAGCUCCAACCAUUCUGUUAAAUAAACUGGUGCUAAUUCAGGCUUUCGGGUUUUCAAGAAUACCUACACAUUCGUCUUGACUAAGAUUACAAAUUCAAACCUGCAGGUUCUUUCACAACUCUCCUACAGAAGGUCUUUUUGCAUCUCAUUUUUCACACAGGUAAACAACAACAACAGCAAUUUAUUAUUUAUACCCCGCCCAUGUGCCUGGGUUUCCCCAGCCACUCUGGGUGUCUUCCAACAAAAGAUUAAAAGUACAUUAAAACAUCAGUCAUUAAAAACUUCCCUAAACAGGUCUGCCUUCAGAUGCCUUCUAAAAGUCAGAUAGUUGUUUAUUUCCUUGACAUCUGAUGGGAGGGCAUUCCACAGGGCAGGUGCCACUACCGAGAAGGCCCUCUGUCUGGUUCUCUGUAACCUUGCUUCUCACAGUGAGCGAACAGCCAGAAGGCCCUCGACGCUGGACCUCAGUGUUCAGGCUGAACGAUGGGAGUUUGAGACGCUCCUUCAGGUAUACAGGACUGAUGCUGUUUAGGGCUUUAAAGGUCAGCACCAACACUUUGAAUUGUGCUUGGAAACGUACUGGGAGCCAAUGUAGGUCUUUCAAUACUUGAUUAUUUCCAUGGCUGCAGGGCUUAUUUCAGGCGGAACUCACCGGAACUGAGUCCUGGCACCUCUUUGCUGCAUUCUGUCACCUCUGUAGUGUUGCUGUGCCGUUUCCCUGCAUGGCGCUUGGGGCAGCAUGACAGAGGUGGCAGGCAUCACGGUGUUUUUUGGGGUGCUCCUCCCCAAAAAGCUCAACCAGUUCCGGCACCUGUUUUUCUAGAAAAAAAUCCCUGGAUGGUUGCAGUAAUGCCACCAAAAACUAAUGGAGUAGGAAAGGGUGGGUGGGAAGGAAUGGAAGCAUUUUCAGAGCAGGAUGCACCAGGCUAAGCGAUGGCCCCUCCUGGCAUGGGCAAGUGACUGAGGCCUUCAGGUGUUUCUAUUGUUUAUUGUUUGUCACUCCAUAGAAGAACUCUGAGAAGGAGGAAAAGAAUCAAGCAGAGGCUCGACACUCUUUUCCAUUUAGGGGGUUACUAUUUCCUGCUAGCAGUAAAAGCUUAACUUGCAGAAUUGUUUGCAUUAUUGAAUUAAAAGCUAAAGGUUGCAGAUAUGUUAAUAAAGCUAAAUGUGCUCCAUAGGGACACAGGUGGCGCUGUGGUCUAAAUAAACCACAGAACCUAGGGCUUGUCAAUCAAACCGCCAAAAGGUUGGCGGUUCAAAUCCCCAUGACAGGGUGAGCUCCCGUUGCUCUGUCCCAGCUCCUGCCAACCUAGCAGUUUGAAAGCACGCCAAAAAAGUGCAAGUAGAUUAAUAGGUACCACUCUGGCGGGAAGGUAAAACAGUGUUUCCUUUCGCUGCUCUGGUUUCACCAGAAGCGGCUUAGUCAUGCUGGCCACAUGACCUGGAAAAACUGUCUGUGGAGCAGACAAAUGCCAGCUCCCUCGGCCUGUAAAGCGAGAUGAGCUCCACAACCCCACAGUUGUUCGCGACUGGACUUAACUGUCAGGGGUCCCUUUACCUUUUCCUUUAAAUAUGCUCCAUAAGGUGGCUAUGCAGUAAGAAGGUAGCACAACUGAGUUCAAUGGAGCUUACUCCCAGGCAACUACGUAUAGGAUUGCAGCCAUGCCACUUGACUGAUCAGGGAUGUGAACCUGGGACUCCCUACCUAAACUUCGGCAUUGUAGCCAGCCACUACUUGACCAUUUGCAGCUUCCUAAUAUAUGACUGUCAGUUAAUUCUAAUAACUGGGUAUUACACCAUGCACUGCAGUUGUUUUGGAUGUGUGUGUGCAUUAAUAUUAUAUAUAUAUAUGGAUCAAUACAGCUGCCUGCAUUUUGGAUUCUUUCUUUGUAGCAUUUCAUGAUAUGCCUGCAUUUCAAAACUGUAUAUAAGUGUAUGUAUAUGUAUAUAUAACCUGUGCCUUUUUUGUUGAUUUUGUGUGUAUGUGGGCGAAGAUGGUUUGGAAUAAUUUAACAUAUUCAAGCAAACACUUCAUACUUACUGGCUGCUACAAAGGUGCACGUGUACUGCCUCAACCAUAGGUGCUUCCUUCCAUGAAUCAUGCUGAUUCUAAUGGCGACACUUCUUAAACAGAUUUAGGACGGAGCCGGAGGAAAUAAAUCAGAGCGUCCCUGAUUUUGCCCUUUGUGGGAAAAUUACAUUUAAAGUACUGAAAUGUGUAUGUCCUUGAUUGAACUUAUUUAAAAAACAUGAAAUUCUGAAGUAGUGGUGUACGCAAGCGAAAGCCCUGAUGACAUGCUUUCUUUGAACUUGUGCACACAUCCGGACUCAGGGGUAUCUAUUUCUCUUUCUUACAGUGCUAUUUUUUCACUAUUGAAUUUGGCCUUUGUAAGCAAGACGGGCAACUCCGGGCUUACGGAGCAGGGCUUCUGUCUUCCAUUGGAGAACUCAAGGUAGGAAUGUAAACAAUAAAUAUACAUAAGCCUGCAUUAUUUAUGGCUAGUAACCAGCUCUCUGCUGCAUAAAGAUACAUAUUUCUUGUGUAAUUCGAGGCUGAUUGUAUUUACCUCUUUCUAAACGGCCCUGGUAACCGGUAGUACAUGUGUUUUGGAGUGCUUGAAAAACACAUUUCAAAAAGGUGCCCGAUUCCAAAUAAAGCAUUCAUUCCUUUUCCACAAGUGCAUGGAUUUGAAAGAAACAGAGUGGCAAAAUGGGCAGUGCAGUCCUAACCUCCAAGCAAAGCCAUUGGAGAGUGUUUGAAUGAAGCAGAAAUACCUCUCUUCCAGGCUCUACCAGAAGCAGGGCUCUGCCAACGUGUGGGCUUUUGCCAAAAGCACAUUGAAAUGAUACUGGUAAAAGACAUAAACUUGAGGCCGGGGAUAUAUUUUGGGGGUUCUUGAUCUUUAAAAACUCCUUCCAUUUGUGUAAACAAUCUAUAACAUUACAUCGGUCUAAAUUUUAUUUAAAAAUAAUUCUAUUGAUGUUGUAAAACAUUUCUGGCAAUCUGAAAACACGCCAUCCGAAAAUGCCUGUUGCCAUAGGCAACCUUCCAAUAUUUAAGUGUGUCUUUUCCAGAAGGUUUAUUUUCUUAAGCAGAAUUAAAAAAAAACCCAUAAUUAAGAAACCUACAGUGUAGUGAGGCUAGCAACUUGCAGCGUGGUUUAACAAUCAAUCUCUCUUCACAUGUAACUCUGAGAGUUGUAGCUCUGUGAGGGGAAUUGGGAAUACCCUCUAAGUGUCCCGAUUUUUCAGGGACAGUCCCGGAAUUACAAAAACCAUCCCAGUUUCGGAUUUGAUCCUGGAAUGUCUCUAUUCCUCUUGCCAGUGCUGCUGCUAUUUUUACCAAUAUAUUCAUUUCAACGCACACUUUCUGCUAAUAUAAGCAUUUUUAUAAACAUUAUCGGUUGGAGAAUUGAAUUGCAAAAACUGGGUAUGUGUGAAUUGCAAACAAAUAGCUGUGUUGUUUGCAUAUUGUUUUAGAAAGUGUGAAUUUAAUAGAUUCACCUUUAAAUUAGAACUGAGUUGAAUUUCUAUCCCAUCUGCAUCUCCACAUGUUUUGAACAACACGUCUGGAGAGGAACAAGUGUGGGAAUGUCUGAUUUAAAGUGUGCCUGCCUUUGAUAUUGAACACUUAAAAACAUAUAUAUACAGACAACCCCCUAUCUGCACAGGGGUUGUGUUCUAGGUCAUUUCGCAUGACGGCAGAGAAUGUAUAAGCCCGUUAUGCCCCGCUUUUGGCUAGCUUACAGUUUAUCGUAUUGUCUGAACCAAUGAAAGUGAUUGUGCUUUGUUUCAAACAAGCCAAUUUCAAACUAUAGUUUCCAAAUCUGGCCUCUUUAAAGUCAGCAUAGUUAAAUGUCAAACACUAUUCUGGCCCUGCUGACUGUGGUGAAGCCACGCAUAGGAGCAUCUGGGAUCAGACUGUGGGGACCCUGAAAGAGGCUGGGCCUGUUCAUGCUCCGCUAAACUAUAGUUUAAUAUGGUGUCCAAACACAGCAAAUUCAUUUCUCUCUCUUAUCACAAGGAUGCUGUUCAAUUGCUCUUUUGGAAAUACAUGCAUGUCCUCCUUUGCUUCCUCUUAUCACUAUAAUCUAUCUAUCUGUUUGCAUAGUCCUUCCCUAGCAGUAUUUGUGUGAAAGGGUAAUAAUGUCUUCUAUCAACAUACAAUUUUAAAAAAAUUAUCAACUGUUCGCCAUAUAUCUAUUUCACUUGUAGACUGAAAUGCAUUUUCAAGAUACGAUAUUGACUGUCACACAAAUGGCAUAAGUUGUGUGAAUAACAUCGUAAGAUUAAAUUUUACUUGUAAAAUGGGCAAACGUUUAUUGCCUGGAGAAGCUGGUAAUUUGCGCUACCCCAGUAAUUCUGCUUGGAAUAUUUAUUGAUAACUGUCUCUUCAAGGUUGAUGAUUUAAGCCGCUUAUGCAUAUGGGGCAGAGAUAGCUCUUAGUUGUUUUCGAUUAUGUCAUCAUUUGGGGGAAAGGCUCUUACAGCAACUAACAAUUUUUUGAAUAAAAAUUGAUUCAUCCUACUGAUGAUUAAAGGCCACUCUACAUAAAAUGGGUGAGACUAGCAACUGUGUUUGAGAGCAUACUAUGCUAUAAAAGCUGGGUGUACAGAAACACUUGAGCAUUCUGUAAUAUAAUUUAACAGAUGAUGUCGUGUGUUUUGCAGCACGCUCUGUCUGAUAAAGCCAAUGUGAAAACAUUUGAUCCAAAGACAACCUGCUUGCAAGAAUGCCUUAUCACGACUUUCCAGGAAGCUUACUUUGUCUCUGAAAGUUUUGAAGAAGCCAAAGAAAAAAUGAGGCAAGUUCUCUCACUUGACCCUUAAAAACAACCCCCAAAUCUAAUUUUCUCUUAUCUGAAGGCACAGAAAUAGGAGUUAAUUUUCUUUCUUUUCUUUUUUUUUUAACUUUCAGGGACUUUGCAAAAUCAAUCAACCGUCCCUUUUCAGUAUAUUUCAACCCAUACACCCAAAGCAUUGAAAUUCUGAAAGACACCAGAAGUAUUGAAAACGUUGUCCAGGAUCUUCGGAGUGACCUGAACACAGUGUGUGACGCUUUAAGCAAAAUGAACAGAUACUUGGGGAUAUGA